AUGCCAGGAGAUGAAGAACCGAAAAAAGGACGUAUUUCAGUCUGUAGUAGUUCUUUUAUUCUCUCUAUCUGUAGCUCAAGGUACGAAGGAACACUUUCUAUAAUUCUCGACAGAGUCCAGUUUUUUCCGCUCAGAUGAUUUGGAUGCGAAGAAAGGCAUAACAUGGAGCUAAUCUAUUUUUCUUAUUUUCAGGUGGCCGUGUAACUCAAAUAACCCCAACAACUGGAAGUUUGCUCGGAGCAACAACAUUAACGAUACAUGGAGAAGGUAAGCUACUCGGGAAAUUUAUGGAAGUCCACGCCUACUGUGAGACAUUUUCCAUUAGUUAUUUCGGCUUAAUGCUGCUAUGUCACAUUAGGAAAUAACUGCUGUAAAUAAGCACAAUUUGGAACGGUUAAAACCCAACCUCUCUCAUCAAAUCUCAAUAGUUUGACUAGAAUAUGUAUUGGUAACCGCUAUAUCACUUUAAUCUAAAGAGGGAUAACAAUAGAAUUUUAGCCGGGUGUGCAUUAUCGGUUCUUAUUAUUGACAUGACCGGUUCCACAGACCUUUAGACAUCAGCGCAGAGUUUGCAUCUUAAUUAUGGCGAUAUCCAAGCAAAGGCUAAGUACUCGCGGAAAAUAACUUCUUUGACAAACAGCUUGAAAAUCUUUGUUCAGUCCUCUUAACUACCUUUGAACUACUGAAACAUAAGUUGAAUGAUUAUAAAUGUCGGGGCCAUGAGACAGAUAAAUGACCUUACAACUAAUUGUUUUGAUUUUGAGAUUUUUAAGGCAACUAUCUCUCACGAACACAGAAAUUGCCAGAUACUUUGAGAGCAAUCUAUUACUUAACUCGUGCUCAUGAAAUUUCGCUAAGUCAGGGGUUACAUGUUUGGAGAAACUCGCCAACUCGCUAAGCAGGAUUCAUUUUGCGGCACUAGACCGGCGUGGGAUAAGCUGCUAUUAGAGGUGUUCAAAUUUCAUUACUGGAGCCCAAUUAAUUCGCCUGUGCAUUUUCUUCUUUAGGAAUGUUACAAAUAAUAAAUUAUAGGAGUAGGCAAGGAGUAGGCCAAACGGGAAUUUUUCAGAGUCAGUAAGAGUCUCAAGAAUGUCAAGAAAGUGAACUGAAUGCAAACGUUCUGUAAGAUUCGUGCCAAAUUAAAUAGAAAUCGCUCAUGCAGCCAGUUUUGCAUAAUGAAUUGUUUUUUUCCAAAUUGCGCCUAUAUCAGACGAAAGAGAGGGAAGAGCUACUUUUUUCAAAGCCCAUUACAAGGCGAAAAAGUUUACCAAUAAAAAGGUAUAACAAAAUGUUAUGCCUACUUCUCGAAGAAUGGUCACGUUCUUUGAAUAAAACUGACCCUGUUGUUUUGAAAACGCCCCCGCUUUGUUCCACGCUUGUCAGCGUAAUCAAUUAGUUAACAGGGAGUCAUGCAACAAGGCAUGGAUCCAAAUCUUUGCGAGAAAAAAAGAAAUGGAAGAGGAAAUCAGCCCCCGGCAAAAGAGGCUACAGGAAAUAUUGAUUUUUAACGCCACCCGGUUUUACGUUAUCUGAUAGUAUGCUAUGAAAGCUACGAUUUAGCCAUUUUGUUGCUUCGCUUCAAACGAAGUGAGUUUGAACGGUUCAAUCAACCCAUUAAUAAAGCAAAAUUGAAUCAACGCGUAACACUUUUCGCUGCAUAAGUACUGUUGAAGUAAAAAGUGACAUUUGUAAUAUUUUCUUUCCUUGUAAAUUCAUGCAUCUUGAUUUUCAAUAUUUGCAUCUACAACGUUCGUAUAAUGAGAUGAAAUAAGUGACAUUUCCUUAGUUGUAUAACUUAUUGGUACAAAUUUUGUUGUACUUCACCCUCAUAUUGAAUUUGUAUUUAAAACGCACACUGCCUUGCGAUAAAGCUUUCUAUAUCUCGUUUAUGUAGGUUCCUGGAAUAAUAAGAUGACCAAAUAUUUUGUGAAGUUUUCGCUAUCACCUAUUAAAGUAACUUUAUUUACCAUUUACUAAUAUUGUAGUUUUAAUACGAGCAGGUAAAACCUUUUCUCACUGCCUCGCCCUAAAAGUUCUCAUAAUUACGUUUUAGAGAUAUGGUGCAUUCGUGGUCUUGGAAAUCAAACAUCUGUCAUCAAAGGAAAAAUUUUAUGGACUAUAGCUAACGAAAACCUUUAAAUUUUUAGGGACAGACCUCAUUUAUUUCUGGUAUUUAAGAAGGUUUAAGUACCGUUGAUCUUUUCUUCGUUUCUUGAAUACCCAUCUUGCUUAUUUCAGGAUUUGCACAGAACCAGUUCAACGAGUUUGAGAAGGAGUUGGGUAAUAAUGUCACCCUUGUAUCACUGUCUCGCGCCCAUGUCGUACCUUGUGACGUUAUCUUGUACUAUACGACCCCGUAUCGAAUAGUUUGUCAAACACGGUCAGUAUUUCAAUUUUAUUGCUUCUCUAUGGUUCCAUUCUGAAAAAAGGCUAUUUCGCAACUUUUAGAUUUAGGCAAAUGAGCCUUCGGUUAUGCUGCUCUAAAAUCAAUCAAACUUGUAACUUACAAACUUACAAACUUGUAAACAAACAAACAAACAAACAAAAUAACCAAAGGGCAGCGUCUUCGUAAAUGAAGAUGAGGACGACAGGUUAGUUAUCUUAAUCAGUUUUUAUCAUAAUGUCCAUGAUUACAGAUUGGAAAUUUAAACUUAACUUCCCCUUUCACAGUGCCUACUAUAGCUGUACCAUGCAGGGGGAUAACCGAUUUAGGUGCCUCAGCACAAUUUGCAUUGAAGUCAAGCCCGAAGUGGGGCUAACACCCUUAAGUAAACUUCAAAAUGCUCAGUUAUCUUGGUUUUCUCAUAAUCAGUAAUUUCGGAAACAUUUCAACAAAUUCCAUUAUGUCUCAAGACAGAACAAACUUCCUUUUCUCUCAAUGGUAUGUUUCUUAUACGUUUGUCUUACUUUAAGACCCUCCCCAUCAGGAGAAGAUAGUUAUAACGUACGAGUGUCGGUGGAUGGAAAGUGGUUACAUAACACUGAUGAGAAUGUGUAUUGCGGAGGAGAAUGUUUGUUUAAGGUAAGAGAUAUGCUAAGGUAUUAAUAUUUUAAUUCAAGAUGACUUGUACUUUACGCAGCAGACAUAAUUCUAAAUCAAGUAGACAAGAUAGUAAUCAGUUUUAGAUAUAAGGUAGUUAUUUUUAAAUAAAGUAGAAAAAGCAUUUUCCAUUGUCACGCCUUGACUUUAUUGAUUAAUGCCAAUCGCCCUAUGAACGUAUGAUGCCUUUGGCUAAAAAAUCGUUAAACAUCUGUUGUUAUAGUACAGCGAGACGAAGACACCAACAAUUACCUCAAUAACACCGAAAUAUGGAUUACCAGGUGAGUGUACUAUGAGAUGAUCCGAGUGGCGUCUAAUUAAUUUCAGGUAUGCGUUGGAAUAUCAUGUCCACUCAGACAUAAUCACUGAUUACGUCACUAUAGACAUGUCACUUUAUUUAACUAUCAAUUUAUGCAAGCUUAGAAACAGCGCAAAUUACUGGAAAAAAAAUUUCAAAUAUAGCUCUUAUUCUUAAAACCUCACGUUGGGACGAGAAUUUAGGCACAGGUGCAAUGAUUUAGACUAAAGGGAACUCGCCUGUACAGAAGAGUUAAGUUAAUUUUUGCAUUUUCCUCACAAAGAAAACAACACCAUGUCAUAUGCUGGUAUUUCAUUUAAAGGUUAAAUGUCUUAACUCAGCGUUUUGAGACUUUAAUCUGUUAAUUUGGCAUCAAUGGUUAGGUGUUUCAAAUUACCAUCAGAUAUGACGUCUCUGAGUGUAUCAGCUGAUAACUUCGACCAUAGCGCUUGACAUUCCUGAGUGUGAAAAGAUUCGCUUCUGCAGCCAGAUGUCGGCUGAAAAGAAGGUCGUACAUUUGACCUAAAUUUCAGGUUAUUUAGCAAAGAGGGUCGUUUAUUUGACCCAAAUAUCAAGUUAUUUCAUAAAAUAGGACAACUUGAAGAUUUUGCUGCAGUGGUGUGAGGGACUGAACUCGAACAAAUACUACAUAUGAUUUAAUGACCAAGCAUUACAUUUUUCUGUUCGCUUUCUAUUGAAACACUUUUCAGUUUAUUUACUGGAUAAUUUUCUUUCCCGUUGAGUUUAGCCUGGUGACCAGUUAUCGUACCAAUCAUUUACAUACACGAAGGACUCCUAAUGGUACAGGCUUUAUAGUAAGUCCGUGAAAACGUUGUUGGUGACUCACAGUCAGUGAAGCUCGUACUAAACGCAGCAUCUCUAACCUGUGCUACUUCAGCAAUUCCGGAGUAUUUUAAAGAGACAGGUUAUUUGACAGUUGGUGGUUAAGAAUAGAACGUUUCGAUUAUUAAAGCAAGGGCCAUUUGAUGGAAAAUUUUUCGGAAUGAAAGUUUAUCGAGAGCUUUUACGAUGGCAAAUUCAACUUGGAUAUUCCCCAAAAGAACCACAAAAAAUUACAUGCUUGCUUCAGCUGGUAAUAUGGAGUUUCAGAAACGACGACGGUGACGCCGUGGACAACGUCGGUUAAAAAAUGAAAUUAUAUUUUACCAAUAAAUCUCGUGAUACUCUAUAGCAAUUUAGUUUGUUUUUCGCUGCCAAAACUAUCUCGAAAUUGAAUGUGGAAUACAGCGUUAAAUUGGAUAUAGAAAUUUAAAAAAUUAGCCGUCCUCGUUGACGUUUCCCAGACAACGCAAAGUUUGGUCAAUUCACGUUGUUGUUUUGCAGAGGAGGAAAGAAAUGCACAAAGAUUUAUAUCUAUAAUGAAGGCCGUGUUGGUACGUCACACAAAACACGUCUUUUUUUUAAAUACCUUUACAACUACAAGUUUGCCAUCAGUUUACUCAUAUUUCAACUUCGAGACAGAAAAAAAUCUUAGUCUCCAAAUUGCCUGCUAGCCAGUGACUGGGUUUAUUUACGUUUAGAUACAAAAAUCGAGAAUUUUUCACGGUUGUACGAUCGAUAAAUUUUUGCUCACUUGAUGGUUGAAAGUCCACCCCAUUAAACAACCGUAAGUAGGCAUUUCACUAGACUACGAGAGAGGUAGUUCAGUUUCGAAAGAGUAUCUUUGUAAAUUGGAUUACUAUGAUUAUCAAGCGAAUUACUAUUUAAAAGAAAGGAGAACGAGAACGAGAAACUGGUUCCUUUACAAUACUUUUAUUUUUCUGUUUCGAGAAACCCUACACUUUAUUCAUCCUUGAUCCCUGCACCAAUGUCUUAUAAAUCAUGACGUCGUGUCAAUUGCCUUGAUCGUCGAUUAACAUGCUCAGCGUAUCUUUCGCACACGGCAAACACGGGCCUGCCAAGCACGGUCCCUGAAAUUCAUAAAAAUGAAAAGUUUAUGGCCAGUGGUAACCACUGAGUUCGUACUUUGUAAAGAAAACAUAAUUAAACAAUUCUUUUAUCGUCAAGAAAAAUACGUUCUGGCUUGAGGGUCUUAAUGUGGCGAUUGCUUUUACGGCUAACGGUUAAAACUGAUUUUGGUAAAUCUACGGUUAAAGAUUGUUUAACUUCUUUUCAUUGCAAAUAAAAGAAGAAUUUUAACAGUUAACCCUUUUUACAACUAACGGCUGAAAACUGCCAAUUUUUACGCCUAACGGCUAAAUAAUAUGCUGUUUCACGGCUAACGGUUAAACCCAUUUAGACUCUUUUUUAUGAACUUUUCAAACUGCUGCUGACGUGAGAGCUUGGUUAGAACUGUGCUUUUUUUACCUUUAAAAAUGUUGAAUACCAUGAAGUAGAGUCGAAAUUGAUCGCACUUAACAAUCAAUAGCACCAUAAGCAUAAACUAAAUGAGGAAUUGGCUCUGAAAAUUAUACAUACUCUUUAUCGUUACGGUGAUAGCUGUAGAACCCAACUAUCACAUGGUCUUCUGGCACCGUGUAAUCUAUAACAGCUCGGAAGUCAUUCAAGAUCUGGGUGUAGCAAUCAGUUGUUCGGUGAUUGGGUGACUUACAACAUAGAACCUUGAACCUGUACGAUUGCAGUGAAAUAAUUGAGGAGUUUUUUAAACAGUCUAAACUAUGCCAGCACGCGAUAAAACUCCGCGUUGAAUACUUCAACCAGCUGAAGCCGACCAAUAUAAAACCCACUGGGGUAUGCUACAAUUCCUCUUAUCAAUUAUUAAUCAAAAACAUUCAGGUUCUGAUUUCUAUCCGCUAGUGUGUCACCGUCGUGUGACGUAAUUCCUCGUUUCCAGGCUCUUACCUCCCUUAACCUUUGUCCCAUCUUGUUGAUUUGUAGUCUGCUGAAAUUCGUUAGACACUUUACCAGCCUAAACCAAGGUCUCCCCCUUUCUUGCCAAAAAGGGGUGGGUAGUGGUGAGACCCCAUGAGGUCAUUUGGCCUUUGUGAUAAAAUCUUGGCGUUUAUACUUACCUUCGGUCCUCCUUGCCGUUGUCAUGUACGCUGGACAAUCCGCCCACAUAGCCGUUGCCAUCGCACAUUUUGAACAGUGGCCCAUCCCACUCAUUUACUUCCGCGGUCAGCGAACACUUUUUCUCGUUGUUGAAUUUCCCAACAGCACCACAUUCCAAGCUCCAGAUGCGAUCAUUUUUACAGCCCAGCCAGAAACUGUACAGCGAAGUGAUUGCGUUGCCUGCAUACGUGUGAAGUGACAUUAGAAUGAACUUAAGUUCUUCGGUUUGAAAUAAAACAAGAUGAAUAAAAAGACCGAACACUGGCUUCAACCUCACAUCCCCAUUCUGGAGGAAGUUAUAUGCCAAUAAACACCGACGAGAAAUGGCUAAAAUACGAAAGAAAAAGUUUCUGCUCACCGUUUUCGCACUCGAAAUUCAUCGGCAAGUCCCAAUCGUUAGCCCAGUCCUUACCUGAUGGCAGAGCAGAGUCGCAAGACAUCGAUUGGCCAAAGAAAAUGGCAAAGACUGCUAAGAACGUAGAGAUACGAAUCGUUGUCGACAUACUCCCUAGAACAGUUAAAAUAUCAACGAUGCCUUUAAAAUCCGAUUUUAGUGUGGAAAGGUGGGGGAAAAAGCGUUCCAAUCAAGCUUCAUCGUUAAAAUUCAAUUUUUUUUUUGCCAUAUCAUUAAAUUUGUCCCAUUACAAUUUGCGCUCUCCCCUUUCAUAACCUAUUUUAGCUCUAGACAUUUUUGGUGAGCGUUCAAUUUUUACUUUAUGGUAAUAUAUCCAUUUUAAGUCCCUGUUGACAACGACGAUGUUUCGGUGAGUUACCUGUGUGACUUUUGAACUCCUUAUAUUCUCUUCUGUUCUUCUCAAUAAAAACACCAGUGCUCUACUGGAAAGCCGGCCCCUGAAUACGUAGAACUUUUUAUCAAUUUAUUACUUCUGUAACGUGCCAACCGAAACUGUCCACGAAAAACAAUGUUCACAGCUCCCAUAGUAAUAUAAUGGCAAGUAGCAAGUAUUUAAUCGCAAAAGGAGUGAAAACCAUAGAACCCUCCUAAUAAAAAAAGAGAAAUGAGAUUCAAACUUUAAUUGUAGAAUUAUAUUUUAUAAUUGCCCUGGAUUCGUGAAAUUUUCUUUUGCACAAUAUUCGGUGAACGUCAAAACUCGUUGAGACUAAUUUUUCCUCCAAUUUCUUUCCCCUACCCGUGUGGCCAUAAUUGUUUACAAAACUAGAUAAACAAGUGAAUGUAUGCUACCGCAAUUCUCUACAGGAGGUAGCACCCAAAUUUAGGAAAAAAAAACUAUUCUGUCCUUGUUACUUUGUCCAAUUAAAUGAGUCACCCACACAUUUUCUUGACUGUAACUGUCAGAGUCAAGAUUGAAGAUGCAUGCAAAAUGCUUGUAUUUUAUUGAGCUGCAAUAAUCGUUGCUUUGCACAAUAUUCGGUGAACGUCAAAACUCGUUGAGACUAAUUUUUCCUCCAAUUUCUUUCCCCUACUCGUGUGGCCAUAAUUGUUUACAAAACUAGAUAAACAAGUGAAUGUAUGCUACCGCAAUUCUCUACAGGAGGUAGCACCCAAAUUUAGGAAAAAAAAACUAUUCUGUCCGUGUUACUUUGUCCAAUUAAAUGAGUCACUCACACAUUUUCUUGACUGUAACUGUCAGAGUCAAGAUUGAAGAUGCAUGCAAAAUGCUUGUAUUUUAUUGAGCUGCAAUAAUCGUUGCUUUCGGCGUAGUUUCAAAUAGUUUCAGCGGUAGGUGAUGACAUUAAUGACAUUUCAUAGCUCUCAAAAAUAGAUAAUGAUGAUACAUGUCAUCGAUCAAAAACAGAGCAAACGAGUAGAAAUUGUUUUGUUUAAAUUAUCAGUUUACAAGAUGGCUUUCAUUAUAUUUAGGAGUUAUGACUGAACUAAUUGUAAUAUCCUGCUUUGCGUGUGGUCGCAUGUACUUUUCCCAAUAGUUGGAACAAUUAAAAUUUUUCAAUAAACCCAUUCAAGUCCUUCAAAAAAAACGCUUACACGAAAAACAGUUUCUUUCUGUUAGGCUGGAAGAUAAUAACUUUACAAUGCUCCUACUAAACAGCAACGGAAGCCGUUUUUAACGGUGUGCCACUGAAUUCUGUUGAAGAGGGUUGCUAAGUAAAAAAUGUCAGUAUUAAUCCGAAAGAAUCAAGUCCUCUCUGUUUAACAAGAACAGCCCCUGAAAGAAGUGAUGUCUUAGACUUUACACUGAUAAGAGAAUAAAUAAAAUUUCCGUUUGGGACAAUGUUUCUGUUAAAGUUAAGUAUUUUUUCCCAGAACCAAUGAAAGUCCGAUAUUUUUAAGCUGUUUCUUUAAUGAAAUAAACAAUUGGUAUAUUGUAAACGAUAUUUAUUGGCGAUUUGAUAAGUAAAUACUUGUAUUCGAAAUUUCUGUUCCUAUACCGGUCAAAUCGUGUUCUAAUUUACUGUAAAGGUAUUUUCAUUACAACUUACAGGAAUAUUUGAAAUUUACUGUUUCACGACAGGAUCACUUUUGGAAAUUCGUGGAAGGAUGUUUACAGAUCAAGUUAUUGAGACAGAGAGCUUUGACCCAGAGUUACCCUCAAUUGAAAGGUACAGACGGAGCUCAAAGUAGGCUUCUGCUACUAGACUCCUUACCGCGGUGAAGAGCAUCUGCAUUAUUUUAACUAUAUAAAAUUAUGUUAAUUUAGACGCUAGCAAAAAGGUACCGAGCUACUUUGUUCCAGAAUCGAAAAUUGACAGAAAAAGACAUUGCGCAGUAUGCCAAGGUUCCUCUCAAUGGAUUAAAUUUAAACGGGUCAUUAAAAUGAUUUCAUAACACUCACUAAAAACAUUUAUGGUUGAGUGUUUAAGGCAGGAUUUCUUGUUAUCAAUGAAAAUUCGAAGUGAUUUAGAUGUAUCCAUGCUCUCUACUUUGAGUAUUUAAUUUUUUAUCUGUCAGGCACAUCCGAUCCUUAACUUUUUAACCGUGUUUUUAUUUUUCCUUGCAGGAUUUUUGCAGGUGCGGAUUUGUGUGAGGCGAAAGAUCCAGAAACAGACCAACUGUAAGUCAACCGUGCACGUCCAAGCUUUAAAUCAGGAUGUGUAUGAUUUCACAUAGAUGUCUCGUACUGAGUUGUGAAGUACUGAAUACAAGUUUCAAAAGGUGUUUGUUUUUUUUCUUUCUUGAAUGUUUAGGUAUGGAAUGAAAAUAGAAGACCAAAACGCCAAGACGGGUUACAUAAAAUGUAAACCUGUUUCACCAAUGAUAGGUAAGAAUUAUUUUUACCAAUACUCUCAGGAACGCGAAAACCGGAAGAAUGGGCUUCAUAGACAAUGAUAUGGAAGGCAUGCCCACAUCCAAAUAAUAAUGGUUUGUUACUUAAAUUUUACCGCCGUUGUCUUGUAGAAAGAAAUAUGAUCAGUUUAAAGAAAAAAUAUAAUUAAAGGUUAUUUCCCUUUCUUGCAGGAUCGGAAAGAGCUUCCUUCUUGGUGUCCGGUUAUGGCCGAUCCCGGAUGUCUAAAGAUGUCAUUUCAGUUGACUCCCAGGACAAACUUUACCUUUUCCAAACUCAUGCAGGUACGAUAAAUGACCUAAUGAAAAAGAUUCUGACUUCAUAUGGGAAAGAAUGCUAAAAACAUUGAUAGUGAAACUAAUAUCAAGGUGACUUUAAAUUUCUAUUUUCAGAUGUUAUUCAUGUCAGCCCGGCUGUUGGCAGCACAGCGGGAGGAACAGUUCUUACAAUAAAAGGCAAAGGUUUUGAUGAGACCGCGAAUAAGGUUUCAGUUGAAGUAGCAGGUACUCUUGACGUGUGUAUUCAUAUGCAUUUAUGAGUCGAAGGUUGUUGGGUCGUCUGAUUGGCCUUGGGGAAUUGAAUGUCGCUAAAGUCGCUCUGAAAAUGGAAGGGGAGGGGAGGGGCUUGGAGUGAGUACUAUACACUCUAUACACUCUUGGAUUACCCUCUAGCUCGAUGCGAUCUCAACAGCGAAGAACACACUAAUGACAUGAGUAGGUUUCAAAGGCAGUGGUGUCAACCCUUGCGACCCUGUUUUCAUCAACGCUCGUGCCGCGUUCCACUCGUUCGUUCAGUAAACUCAAAAAAAAAAAGAAAAAAGAAAACCAAUUCCGUCCUAGUUUGUCAAUUCUCAUGAAAUAUAUGUCGUAUAGAAAAUUUGGAUGAAAGGACUAAACCGUAAAAAGCAAGGCUAACUUCGUGAAGAUGCACAAACUCUGACGUAACUCCUUUCAGCAGCCAGAAAGACUUUUUCCUUCCAGCAUGCGACGCGAAUUGGAUUUUGUGUUAUAUCCGUUCACCUCCUCAUUUCGUUGUGUUCAUCAGGGGUACCUUGUGAAAUACAAUCAAUAGAAAAAGACAUCAUCAAAUGUCAGACAAAUGAGGCCCUUCAAUCUACGGCAGAUAACGUUGAGUUUUACGCAGGUGAGAAAUUUUUCCUAAAUUGUGAUCCGCACGUCACAAUGAAGCCUUUUUUGUAUCCACACUGAGGGUACAAUAAUAUAUGAAAGGUAUCCCAGUCUCAAUAGCCACCCAAGGGCGUUUACAAACAUCAUUUUGACCUAACUUCACAGGGAAUCGUGGCCUAUUACGUGAAGUGUGGAACCAUACUAGUUCGUUUUCCGUAUCAGGAUACGGAGGAGGACUGAGAAAAAUGGCAUCUGAAGUGUUACCCGAAGCAAGUUCAACAUCAUUCAGUGACCGACUGCGAGGCUUCUUUGUGCCACCAUCGGACAAUAACUACACUUUUUUUAUCCAAACUAAUCAUAGGGCCGAGUUGUACCUCAGUAUUAACGAAUCUGCCAAGGCUAAGGUAAAUAAAUAAAUAAUUAAAUAAAAUUGAUAAAAAUUAUGUAAAUAAAUAAAUAAAUAAGUAAAGAAGGUUGUAUCCUCUAAAGCUACGAAGAUGGAUGUUCUGGAAAUCUCUCGAGGUCUACUGCCCGGUGAUCUUUUUUCGCUUGUUGCUUAAUAAAAAUACCUUCAGCAUACUGUACUGGAGUUUAGAUGCCAGUUACUUGCCACAAAAUUAAUUAUUCUAGUUAUUUCACGAAAGUUAUAUGGAGACGCUUGUAAAAUACAAAAGCUAGAAGCUUAUUGAUUGAGUUUUAUUUAUGUGCCAUUUCCAUCCCAUUUUUUGUGAUCAAAAUCAGACAACCUUAAAGUUUGUGUCUUAAGAUCAACUUGAUUUAGAUUCAUGCAGUACCGGAAGUCCUUGGUAAAGGGUUAAAAUUAUUUCAACGUUUCAUGAUUGUACACCAUGAUUUCGUAUCUUUUCUUUAGACGAAAAUUGCGUCCUGUUUCAAGCCGUCAGCCAGUUGGUCUGAAUUUCCACAGCAGAAGUCGGCGGUAAUCUCUCUGAGAAAAGGUCAGCAUUAUUACUUGGAAGCUGUUAGCGGAAAGUCACAUGUAAUGAUCGGAGUCAAAAUCCAGAACACGCGUCACGCGAACUCACAAACUGGCUUGGCAGUAAACGAGAAGCAACAAAUUCUCUUGAAGUCAGUGAAACGACCGGAGAAACAAGUAAGACAUAAUUGCUCUAAAUCUGAACUUAGCUUACUGCAAUGGCACGGUGCUUUUAAUUUCUGACUUCUAUACUUUGUUCCUUUCCAGGUGAUUAACAUUACCAGCUGGGAUGACGGGAAGUUGUUUGAGGUGCAGGUCGUGAAUAUCAUCAUGUCUUGUAACCAAACCAAAGGUAAGCUGGCUAAAAACGCGCUUGAUGGACGUAUUUAGUUGAUACAAGGAAUCAGCUUUGCUUAGUUAUAUUAUGAAUAUUCCUGAUAAUUAUUUCUUUUCUUUCAGGAAAUAACACACUUCGUGAGGAAGUAUUUUUUCUAAGUUACGAUGGAGACAAUACUGCUCCAUUGCCGCUGAACAUUAUGACCGCUGAAACGUUUCAGCGCGCAAUUAACAAUCUCACAACUAUCAGGAAACAAGGAAAAGUUAAUGUAACUGAACUAGUUGCCAGCAACAAGUCCACUUUCUACCGAGUUACUUUUCUCUUCAAGGAUCCCGAAAACACAAAGAUGUUGCGAUCCAAUGUGACAUGGGUUAAUAUCAUACGAUUACAGAAAGGUAAGCACCGGAACGUCUCAUAACUAUGGCAUCAAGUUGAAGACCUUACUGUCAACAAAUUUUUAAGGCUGUCAUCUAAGACUGCAAAAACAUUCUUAAGUAUCCAAGUAAAUUGGACUCAAUGAGCCCUGUUUUAUUCUUUCAAUUCUUUUUUCUUGUUUGUUUUUAUUUGCAGAAAUUUCGAAACUUUUUUACCUACGUUUGAUUGAGAUUUUAAAGGAGAUAUGAUUAGGGUAAACAAAAGCCGAAUUUUUUCUUUCGCCUUUCCAUGACACCCCGCCUCGAUCCAUCCUCGUAUCCAGUCUUCUCUACCUACGAGUCUACUACAAUAUGAUACUGUUAAUUAGUGAGUCCAUUUCCAUUUCUCUCAGGUGUCCCGGGUAACUACUUCUGGAAGCUUACUUUCGCUGGAAGAAUAUCAAAAAACAUCCACGUGAAUGCAACAGAAAAUGACGUCAAACAACAGCUCCUAGAUAUGAUUGGCUGGCACUGUAGCUAUCAGAUACCUCCAGACCGUGCCUAUUAUUAUAACGGUUUUGAAAUUCCGUCCUUGGGCCCUGAAUACGGUGAACGAGUGUUAAAACCAACAGCAAAUUGCGGUCGGUUUUCUUUGAAGAAUCCCAAGUAUAUUUUUUUAGGUGGCCAGACUAAGGACAAAUUCGGGAGAGUCUUACAGGGCUACGAAGUUGCUCGGUAUAAACAAGUACGUAUCUGGCUUUUUUUUACCACUAAACUUGAAAUUUAAGAAACACUCUUCUUGGAUGUGGCUGCAAUGAAAAAUAGGUAAAAUGGUAAACAUGGCUUGUUAAAACCAAAUCCUACAUGGUUGCUACAGUUUUAUCUGUAGGAUCUUUGAGCAAAGGAACCAAAAGGCUUUCUUUCCACGUCUGUCGGUUCGCACAUAAAAUUUUCUUGCCUUAAGUCCAUGCUCUUGCUUGUGACAUAGUGUGAACCAGCCUUUGAUGUCAUUUUGUAGUCUGAGUUCUCCACAAGUAUAUAAAUCUGACUUAUCUUUCGGCAGCUCUGUUUUUCAUAUAAAGGAAAGAUGAAAGACUUUAUCAGUUUCCGGAUAUCAUACACGGACAAGUUUGGCGCUGAUCGACAGUCCUGGAGGAAGUACAGCAUUAUGACUAUCUCGGAUGGAAAAUGGCAUCAACUGUCUAUGAAUGUUCAUGAUAGGGUUUUACUUGAUACAAAUGUAAAGGCUGAUUUACGUUAUAAGAUAUACAUUGAGGUUGUCAAGGUGUCUCGUGAAUUGGAAGCGGAUAUUUCAAUCGACGACGUUUUCAUAUGGAGUGAGCCAGUAUUAGGUAAGUUUGAGUGGUUUAUCAAUUACUUUAGCGACGUUUUUAUUUUAAGGAAAGGUAAGAAAGACUAUGAAGUAUGCUUUCUUCAUUUUCUACUUUAGUACAAAGACUUCUUCACCCUGCCGAACCAGGGGGAAACAUCAUAGAAUCCGUGGAUGUGCGGAGUCUUGGACCGAGUGCUUGGUCUGUCUCGAUGACUCCUUCAUUAUGCGGAACUGGUAUUGAGCUACUGCAGAUUGCAGAUGCAAUUUUGGUCAGUGGUAACACCACAUCUAACCAGGCGGUAUUCAGACCGACUAACUCCACUGGGGACACAAGCAUGUCUGUGUCACAUGGUCAAGCUGCUACUCCUCCAGUGGGAGGGACUUUCGACAUCUUCCUUGAAAAUUAUCGAGUAACAGGUAAUUAUGUACUUGUUUUCUAUCCUUUAAUUAGUUUUAAGGACUAGUUGAUAAUUAAUUCGAUGUUUGUUGUCUUACGUGUUAGCUUUACGGUCGAUUUUUGCCUACUGUGCGGCAGUUUUGUAGUCUGAUUUGGUCUAUUGAUCACUUCAUAAUUCUGAUGAAACUGAUUGCAAAAUCCAUCUAUCAGUUAACCGGCGUAACAACCUAAGCGGGCGUUGGAAGAACGCGAAGAAAAUUUGUAAAUUACGAGCCGGAGGAAAGCGAUUUACUUGUGCAAUAAAGGACAGGCUUUUUACCAAAUCAGGGCACUCAUAGUAUCUCCGUUUUUUUAUGAUGUGUGAUAAACAUUCUGUUUCCUGCGGUAACUUUUCUUACGUUGAAAGUAUUCCGUUUGCCCUCUGCCUUAUCCAUCUCUUUCGUCAGGCAUUCCUGCUAAUAUAUCGGCAGAGCAACUCAAGUCCACUCUGGAAAGCAAUUUUAAUAUCGGUAAGGUCAGCGUCAGUGGUUUUGGGACAUGUGCGUCGUAUUCUUGGACGAUAGAAUGGGCGACCACAGGAGGAGAUCAGCCUGCUUUAGUAGUCGAUGGAAACGGCCUGACAGGAAACAAUGUGUCAAUCAAAGCUGUUACAAUAGAUGACGGAGGAUUGUUUUUAAGGCCGAUCCCCGGUGAUAUGCUGCGUGUAGCUGAAAGAAAGCCUCAGGUAAGCACUAGUUCUAAACAGGAAAGAAACCAGAACCCCAAAAAGCUUGCCACGAGCAUUUAGUGAGGAAAAAGCCAGUCAGGCUAGUUUUUGAGUGGAUCAAGUGACAUUUUUUAUCAAAAUUUGAUAAAAAGGCUUUGAGCAAAAUUUCUGUAAGUGAGAAAGUUAAUCAACAAACAGCAAACCAUAUUGGUUUCUCAGGAGAUGAAGGACAAAAUGUAAAGCAUAUGACUGAUUUUAUUGAACUCGGCAUAAGUUUAGAAACACGCAUUACUGACAUUGUAAGAAGAGGUAGCCAGAUGCCAUUUCAUGACUGACAGUGAGCUUGUUUUAUUUCUAGGAGACAGUUACGUUUAACAACAUUCUGACUGACAGUGAGCUCGUUUUAUUUCUAGGUGACAGUCACGUUUAACAACAUUCCGUCAAGCUGUUUCAAUAGAAAUUGUUCUUUCACAUUUUCUUCUUCGAUUACUCCAUCUCUUUCUUCAAUAUCUCCACAACGCGGAACUAGAGGAACGCUAGUAACAUUAACCGGAAAUGGUUUCACUACCAAUGCACAGGAAGUCAAUGUCACUAUUGGUGAAGCUCCUUGUCACGUGACAAGUAUUAGUGAAACCACCAUUAAGUGCACCGCAGGCCAGUCGUCCGGUGGAUCGCACGAUGUUUUUGUUAAAAUUGGAAAUCAGGGUUUUGCCAAGCACGUAAGUGGACAGAUCCGCUUUACUUACGAAGUUCAUGUGAGCGGGAUAAAGCCAAACAAAGGAAGUAUUGGAGGAGGAACAUAUGUUGUUAUAGCAGGUGAUGGAUUUGGUUUGAUGCCAGAAAAUGGUAGUGUGACAAUCGGUGGUUCUGUUUGUAGCAUACUCAGCGUUAACCUGACCGAAAUAUCCUGUGUCACGACACCCCACGAUGUAAGUAACGCCAGCAUCACUGUCGCUAUCGAUGGAAAAAUUGGAACAUUGUCAAAUGCUUUCUGGUACGACUCAGGAGUCACCCCUCUAAUUUCAUCGAUGAGUAUUGUAGAGGGUGGUGUCAGUGGCGGUGCAGAAAUUUUUAUUCAGGGAAGUGGAUUUGGGGUUCAAAAAGGGACCAUUACAAUAGGUUCUCGUCCAUGUGACGUGAGUUUGUAUUCAAACUUUCUGAUAAAAUGCACCACUCCCGCAAAUGCUCCAGGGACAUAUGAAGUUCUCAUUUGUGUAGAUGGAAAGGGCUGUGCGGUUGAUGCAACCAUGGGUUUCAGGCCUCCCAAGUUUAAAUACGUAUUAGAAGUGACUGGUGUAUCUCCUUCGCAUGGCUCGAUCUUUGGAGGAACUGUCCUAACUGUGGUUGGCCGUGGCUUCAGUGACAAUGCUUCAGUUAUUUCAAUAAAUAUUGGCGACGUUCCUUGUAAAGUUUUGUCGAGCAGAAAUACGGAAAUACUCUGUAAGACUGACGCUUCAUCUGUUACUCUCUAUGUAGACAACACUGGACUUCAUCCUGGUAAGUGAACUCUGCUGUUUGCUUUUAAUGGAUUUGCCUAAUAACUUGACGAUGGGUGCAUUUUAUAUCAGUGGGAGAUCUUUUUACAUCUACUGUUAGAUCCAUGUAGCCCUGAUGAUUGCAGAUUUAUCGUCUUUUUAAGUGUGCGUUAAGCAUUUUGAGAGAUAUGCCGUGAAAGAGAACUGUGAAUCAGUUGUUACGAAAGUUGGUGUUAAUCUGACAACGGUCAACCUUUGAAUUAAAUUUAAUUUAUUCUUGUUUGGCAGAGUACGGAAUUGGAUACGCCUGGAAUCCACAGACGAUUACGAUCAACGCUGGUGACUUUGUUAAGGUAACGAAAAGUCUUUCAGAUAUUCCACUAAAUAAUGUUUCUGCUGAUAAUGAAACGUCUAAACUUAGGGAAAUUCUACAGCUUCAAACGGAGUUGACCAACAGUCAGAGGAUGCAAGAGAUUACAAAAUCGAGAAAACCUGAUCAGCCCAAGGGUAGAACAUAAUUUAUAACAGCUGCAAGGUAGAAUUGCUAAAUUUAUAUCAAGGGUAAAUUGUUAAUUGUAGUAUUUAAGAAAUUAUGAACUAAAACACCUCCAGUGCAACUAUAGUGAUCACGACUCAUAGCCAAUACUGCCGAGCGAAUUUUGAAAAGCAUAAAAAUUGAUUUCGAGAUAUUGAUACAACUCUGAUUCAACCCUCAGUGGCAGUGGACUAGUCCCGAGCUGUCAGGAUUGAGUUAUGGUGUACAACAAACUAGUGACGCUUCUAGCGCUGUGUAUGACGGGAAAGGGUUUAAGAGCUCCCGCAGUGGAAGCGGCCACUUCACUCAAAAGUUUAACUUACCUGGAACGUACUUUUAUUCAAGUGGAGCAGUAGACCCAUAUGGAGCUAUUGUCAUGAAAGGAAAAAUUGUUGUCAAUGAUUUCAAGAGUAAGUCUAUGGAAGUCAAGGUGCAAGUUGGAGGAGUUUUGGCUCUAUAUAACUCGUCGGUUUUUAAUUUCCCGGUCGCUGGUUCCUCUGAUUGUCAGUCAGGUGUGAUAAAUGCCAUACCACAUUGCAUCCCUACAGACCCGUUACCAAGCAACCAGUCUUCGUUUAGUUUCAAAUUCUGGAAGUGUAGUACACCGGAAGUGACUUCAAUAAGCCCGAACAGCGGAACCAGCUCGACACUUCUUACCUUGAGAGGCAAAGGAUUUGGACUCAUUAAUUGCCAGAAUGAGGUCAAAAUUGGUUCUAGUUAUUGUACGAUUCAAAGUUCUGCUGAAGAUAAAAUAACCUGCCUGGUGACAUCUGGAAAUCAGUUGAGUUCAGGUUAGAUGGAACCGUUGUUCUUAAUUAGAAACGAAUGUCAACUGCAGAACUGAGUAGGAAGUUAUACGUUUAUAGAAGUAUUAGUCAGUUGGGUUGUUUAGAAACUCCUUGCUUGAUUCUGAUGAUUACUUCAGGUUAUGUUGGCGAAACGUGCACCACUGACACCAACGAGAAUUUUUUUUUCUAAAACUCGAAUAACUCUCAAAUAAUGGGUCUAAACCAUCUAUUGUGUGGGGAAUUUAUUUUUUGACAGGCAAUUAACACGAUUUUGUGGUUUAGUAUUAUUCGAUCAAACUGAAAACUCUUUAUUGGCAAACACUAAUCACUCGUAUCUUUUCAGGUUCACCGCAUAGUGUUUAUCUACGUGUAAAUAACAGAGGAAUUGCCGUCAUUAAAGUAGAGAACGGAAAAAACGCUUCAUUUACUCUUCAGCCAAGAAUACAGACUGUAUUUCCACAGGUAGGUUCCAUGAUGGGUGGCUCCAUUCUGACCAUCACCGGAGAUGGUUUCUCUCCCGUCCCUGAGGUGCAAGUGGGCGGAGUACCAUGCCAGAUUUUAACAUCAAGCUACACCCAGCUCAAAUGUCAAACAGCUGCCGGAAAAGCUUCACAGGUGCUACCCGUCGUGGUUAAAGUCAAUGGAAUGGAAAGCAAUUGUGGUUCUAGCUGUACCUUCACUUACUCAGAUGCAAAAACCGCACGAAUAGAUUCAGUGAUCCCUUCGGUUAUAGUCGGAGACGAAAAUAUUAUUCGUAUAUAUGGUUCUGGUCUUCCAAGCGGAGCUUCAGAUUUGGAAAUAAAGAUCGGGGAAACCCCGUGUAUCGUGACGUCCUCGUCGCAGUUCGCGGCAUCUUGUCGAGUUGGCCCUGUUGUGGCAGGGAAGCAUGAUUUGAAAAUUCGCCACGGAACACAAGGCUUUGCUAUGUUUGAGGCCGGAGCUCCAAAUUUGAUUGACACCCUUGCUGUAGUGUCGAGUAUAACACCGACUGAGGGAAGUAUCAUGGGCGGUACAGAAUUGUCAAUCAAAGGGAGCGGGUUUGAUCCUACCGCUGGUCGCACAAUUGUGAAGAUUGGGACAAACUACUGCACUGUUGAACGAGUGACGUCAUCGGAAGUCGUCUGUAGGACCUCUGAUCACGACCCAGGAUCUUACGAGGUAUGCUAUUUUUCUUCAAGUGAAAGAAUAUGUCCGUGCACAGUAUUUUUAACCCUAAUAGAUAAAAAGUACUGAAAAUAAGAGAUGAAAAAAAAAACAAUAUUUCAUAUGUCUUCAAGGCAUCAUGCAAAAUCUUUCAAUGUUACGCCACAGGUCAUAGUAACAGCAAACUCCAUUACUUUUCCUCGUCUCCGUUAUGCAUUCCGAACAUUUAUCACUCCCUAUGUCAAGUCAGUAUCACCAGCUCUUGGAAAUGGAGGACAGACGGUCAGCAUCUAUGGGGCUGGCUUCUCUUCAAAUACAGCUUACAUGCACUUGACAAUUGCAAACGUCUCCUGCAAUGUUGUGAGCACCAGUGAAACACAUGUGACAUGCGUACUGGGUAACAGUCCUGCAGGGAUCUACAGUGUUAAACUUCAUGUUAAAGGCAAAGGACUUGCUGCUUAUCCUAAUUUAAAACCAGUGACGUUUAUUUAUGAAAUAUCCUUGGACAGUAUUUCGCCUAAUGACUCCGGACUUGGAGGUGGCAGGAUUGUGUCCAUCAAAGGACAUGGGUUUGACUCAUCCACAGUGGUGAGAAUCUGCGACAAUGUUUGUGUGAUUGUUAACAGCUCGCUGAACGAGAUUUAUUGCGAAGUUCCAUCGUAUACAGGACAAACAGGCAGCCCUAAUAUCAACUGUUCAGUAAGUGUCGUAGGAAAAAAUGAGGUUUCGUCAUCAAAGUCAGGUUUUUUUGCAUAUCGAGAAACUCUCACCUCACGUAUUACGUCAGUGAGUCCGUCUCGUGGUGGGACAGGUGGUGGAGUCCAGCUAACCAUACUGGGAAAUGGUAAGUGGAAACGCUACACAAGUGGGUUAUUUUAUACUGCUAACACAAUGAUAUCCCCCAAAAAAGAUAUAUCAACCUAAAUAAGGAGAGGUUGAGACAAAUCCUCGCUCGACUCAUCCAGGUCAAGCAUGGCUAAUUGCAGAUUUUUUUGAAUGGGUGUAUUCCUUUAAUAAGUUUACUUAUGAAACUAUCUUCGAUAAUUCGUUACGAUCUGAAACUUGAUCUUGUCAGUGAUUUGGAAAUCGUCUCCGUACUAUGGGAUUUGACAUUUUCUUGAUUUUCUAUAUGUUAUUGAGGUCCGUUAUGCAGAUAUCCCAACCAAUCGUCCUGAUUCUCUUUGUCCAAGAAUCGAAAAAAGAGCUGGACAGAAACAUCAACUCAACACACGAUAUGAAAACCUAGCUACGUAUAACUCACUAUUUUUUCUCUUCCCGAUAGGAUUUAGUCCAAAUAAAGACGGAAAUAAAGUCUUCAUUGCGGGAAUUCCCUGCAAAAUGACCUACUUCACUAAAACUGAAAUCCGCUGUACGACAGGACCACGGAAAGGAACAAUAGAAACAAAAGUACGAGUGGAGGUGGACGGAAAAGGAAUGGCAACUCAGGACCAAGCAGAUUUUCAGUACAUCGAUGUCUGGUCGUCGCCUUAUACAUGGGGAUACAAAAACCCGCCAGGCAAAGGAGAUGGUGUUGUUAUUCCCGCAGGACAGACGAUUCUUCUCGAUGUGGACACUCCAGUUUUCUCUUUUUUAGUAAUAAGAGGAGAGCUGAUUUUCGAUGAGAAGGACAUUGCAUUAAAUUCUGAAAAGAUUUUGGUUGUUGACGGUGGAAAAUUGCAAGUUGGAACUGAGACCAAACCAUUUGAACAUAAAGCCAAGAUUAUACUGCAUGGUCAUUUGCACAAUAAGAGGUUGCCCAUAUUUGGAACUAAAGUCUUGGCAGUGAGAGAAGGGACUUUGGAUCUACAUGGGAAAGUCGUGCCCAUCACGUGGACAAAUUUAGCUAAGACUGCUCUUCCAGGUUUGUAAGAAAAACCUGAAGAAAACUUUACCUUUAUGCAAACUCAGUCAAACAUAACAAUUAAAUGCCUCAAAAACUCCUUUUCAAACUGAAACUGCCAUAAAGCACAUUACAUAAGUAGAUAACAUGGUGUUUUUCAGAAGCCAAAUGAAUUAAAUUUUAGAUUAUUCAAUUUUAUUUGAAAGUAUUCUUGCUACGACUUUCAAUCAUACACUUCCAUUAAGAUUUUAUGGGUUUAUAAGUUAUACAAGCAUAAAUAUGUUACUUCUCUCAUUAAAUGAGUUCUUUUAAUUCUCAGUAAGCUUUCGAUUCUAGCCUGCUUUCAGUGUUUUUUCGAGACCAAAUGCCCAGAGGUCCUAGGUAAUUUACUCUUGGCAAUUAAAAGUGAGUUACGACCAAUCGAUGCGAUCGCACCCUUGUCAUAAACUCAUUUUGUCUUACUGUAGGUGAUACUCAGCUGAUUCUAAAGCACUCUGUGACAUGGGAGAUCGGUGACCAAAUAGUUCUUGCCUCUACAAGUCGUACUCAGCGUGAAAACGAAGAGUUUAACAUUACGAACUUGUCAGCUGAUGGACGUACUCUUGGCAUUACCCCACCUGUAAAACAUAAGCACAUAUCUAUUGUUCAAACCAUCGCUGGAAGAACAAUAGAAACGCGUGCUGAGGUGGGACUCUUAACUCGAAACGUCGUCGUUGAAGGCUCAGAAAACGACGAAUGGACUGAGAUAAUUCCGGAAUGUCCCGAAGGAUUCGAUCCAGGCCUCUUUGCUGUACAAACUUGUUACCAGGGACGCUAUGGAAAGUCAAUGGGAAGCGAGCAGUUUGGGUCGCAAAUUAUGAUUAACGCAAGGAUGCAAAGUGAGGGAUUAGUAACUGGUAGAAUAUCUUACGUGGAGGUCCGUAAAGCUGGACAGGCCUUUGGACUGGGUAUGAGUUAGUCUAUCUUUCGAUGGUAUAGUUGGUGAAUGUCGUUUCUGAAAUUAAGUACAGAGCGUUUGUGUGAACCGACGUUCGUAAUGUAAGACCACCUUAAAAUAUUUAACGAAUGUUGAUGACGGGAAACGAGUCAAGUCUAAUUAUCAUUCGGUAAGAAACACUUUACAAGCUUCUGUCGAUCAGAUGUGUCUCCGCGUAAAGUUAUACCCUAUGCUGUUCUUAGUUCGUCUGAUUUGGUGCAAUGAAUAGAGCCUCAGUCUCAAAAGUCUCUGGCUUAGGUUCAGGUAAGAGAACAACCAGAUCUCAAAUGGAUUGGGUUGUGCUCGCAAGGUGAUUGAUUUCUUGUGUUCUUCGGGGUCUCCUUCUCCACAGUUCACUGGGAAUUAACUAUUUAAAUGCAAAUUUAAUUUAAAAGCAAGGGAUAUAAAGCCUCCUUUUCCCUACUUAUGAAUUAUCUUUGAAUUGGUAAGGCAGAAAAAUUCCGAGUAGCUUUCAUAGUUAUUGCUUUAAUGACGUAAUCAGGUGAUGUAAAGUAUCACUUGUAACAUGACUUGUUUUUACCUUCCAGGUCGCUACCCUAUUCAUUUCCACCUUAGUGGAAACGUCUCCGGCUCUUACGUCCGUGGCUGUUCAAUACAUCACACCUUCAACCGAGCAGUGACAAUUCAUGGCGUGACUGGAUUACUUGUCGAACAUAAUGUUGCUUACCAUAUUAUGGGUCACGCAUUCUUCAUUGAGGAUGGAAUAGAAACUGGAAACACGAUACAGUAUAACCUUGGAGUCUUUGUCCAGACCUCUAGCACACUUCUCAUAACUGAUGUCACACCAGCUACAUUCUGGGUUACAAACCCGAAUAAUACCGGUAAGUUUAAAAGAAUUCUUGAGAAAAUGUUCUUGCCUGUGAAUUUGUUGAAUUUACGUUUUUCUUGUUUCCAGUUCGUCACAAUGCCGCGGCUAGUGGAAGCCACCAUGGCUUUUGGUACAACUUGCUCAACUUCCCUGGGGGACCUUCAUUCACUACCUCAGUCUGUCCAAAGAAAUCACCUCUGGGGGAAUUCCAGAAUAACACUGCUCAUUCGUUCGGAAGGUAAUUUUUGCUAUAUUCUUUUUAUAAGGCUGGAUGGUAGACAUGCUCACAUUCACUUCAAGUAACAUAGUGGAUCAUUCAAUCAAAUUGAAGGUGAUCAUUAAAUUUUUUCUUAUUCUUCAAUUUUACCAGCAAUGGUGAAUACUAAUACUCACCGAAUAUUGCAACUGUCCUCAAAUCAUGAGCUCGAGGACCUUUUACGCCACUUCCUACUAGCAUGUCUUUGAAAAAAACUCGGUGAUUGUGUAAAUUCAUAGGAAAAAGAAUCUGGAGAUGAUGAAUCAAGGAUGUAAUUUGGUCAGUAGAUGAGAAAUAACACAUUAAGAAGGUUCUCACGUUAGGAUGUUAGGCGUGACGCGUGACACGCAUACUCAUUAGAAUUUUGAGACAUUGAACUUUGGAGUCGCUCGCGGGCCAGGGGCUCUUUCACACACGCUCUUCUGACAAAGUUUGUUGUUUUUUUGUCUUGUCACGGGGGCGGGACAGAGAAAAAAAAUUCUGAAUUCCGUGAGGAAUUGAUCCUUAAACCUCCGCACUCACAUUCCGAUCCUUUGCCACAAAGGAGUACUAAAAGCUGAAGAUUUGAGGAUAGAUUUCUAAGCAGACUUACAAUUUUUUUAUUUGUCCCAUGCUCGUUAGAAGACAAAAAAUAGCUAAACUGGGCCUAUCUAAAUAUCUGUCUAUCAUACCUCAUUCUUUCAGAUAUGGUUUGUGGAUCUUCAAAGAAUACUUUCCGAUGCGUGGAGGCAGUUGCGAUUCUUCAAUACCAGAACCAGCCAAGUUCUUCACGUUGCUCGCAUACAACAACCUUAAAGGUUUCGAGGUCACAAGUGGAGGAGCCAUUCAGACAAUCAACUUCACAGUGAUAGACAACUCUGAGGCUGGACUGGAGUUUACCGAUCUGAAUGCUCCUUGGGGUGACAAUGGACCCUUAGUGAAAGACUCCCUUGUGGUGGGACACAGUGCUGUAAGCGAAGGUCCUAGUGCCUGCACUCUGGGAGGGAUCGUGACUCCACAGUCUUCGCGCCUCACUGUUUCUGGAACCACGUUUGUAAAUUUUGAUUCGCCCUCUUGCGCUGCUCUGCGCGCAUGCUCAUUUUGUGAAGCUAGGCAGGGAGGUUUUACCACGCGAUUUGAGAAAAUUCGCUUUGUUAGUGCACCUAAUAAAGCAGCCUUCAAAUGGGAGCACGAAGCUGUAUUUGAAGAUCUGGAUGGUACAUUAACAGGUAAGGACGUGAACGUAAUACAGAUUCCUUGUGUCUGUUUGAAAAGGUUAAUUUUUAUAACAGAUUGCUCAGCCACCUACUCCCACCUUAAAUUAUAACAGAGUAAAGAAGCGUUUAUGUAGUUCUCCAGGGACGCUAUUAGGUGCAACCAAAAGAGAUUGAUGUCCAGUUAUUUUCUCUUGGAGCAACUCGCUUGACUUUCAACAGACCUUACCUGUCUUGUCGUUUGCUUUUCCAUGAAAGGUCCUGUGAUAGUACUUAGGGGAUCGUGUUUGUUACGAAUUGGUCAUUACAUUUGCUUGAAUGAUGAGAAAGGAUCAUUUUCUCGAUUAUUUUGUAUGAUCGUCGAAGGCAAUAACAAUAUGAUCGACGUCAAUAAGGUUUGUCGAGGUUUUGUUGACACUGUAAAGUGUUUAUCUUUUCUUAUUUUAACAAACAAAAUUCAUUCCCUAUUGCCUUAUGGAGUGCAACUCAUGGUGUAUCAUCGGGUGUAACAUAUCACCAUUUCUUAUUUACAACAGGCUUAUCUGGUGGCGGAAGCAUUCUUCCAUCAAAUCCCAAUCUUCCCCCGAAGCACUGUUCCCAGUCUCCCGCCGCGAGUGUAAGCCGCGUUUCCGGAAGUAUAUGUGACUCGACCAUACGUUUCCGCCGGAUGGCAUGGAACAAUCCCCUUCCUAGUUCCCUGCUCUAUCGUGACGCUCUCCUAUCCAAUGAACACGGAACCAGUUAUGUCCCCUGGAGGUUCAUGAGGCUCACUCACGAUCAAGGUUGGAUGUCGACUAUUAUUCUCGGCCAAAACUAUAAUUUUAGUUUUGACAACGCUCCUCAACUCACCAACAUUUCGUACAGGUAAAUGAACACAUAUUUUAGAUAACAGACUUCGAUGAAACUGAUUAUUCUAUGAUGAGGUCCACGUGUGUUAGAACAGUGAGAGAAAAAUAAUUAUGAGAGGGAAAAAAUGAUGUUAGUUUUGACUUACAACCCACUCCCCCACCUCUCCCUGGUAAUUCGAAAUAGUUGCUUUUCUGUUGUACUUCAUCAAACUUAUAAUUGUCAAGUAUUGUAAAAUGUUUUAUUUUUGCGCGAUUAAUAGCCAGUGACGAUGUUUCCAUCCUUGUCCCAUAAAAAUGUUUUAAAUUCCUUUUGACGACUCCUCUCAAUAAACCAACGUUAGCGUAAGAGAGAGGUAAGUCAAAAUUUUUCCAUGCUAAUAAUGUUUUAAAUAAUUUCAUUCGCUGAAAAUGUUUUACCAAUUUUGAACCCUUAGCGCUGUAUUCUACGAAUUUGCUGCCCAAGACUACGUCUGGAUGACUCACCCCAUGAAGCAGCUUCCAGAUAUGAUUUCAACAACUGGAAGGUAUAUCAACAUGUCCAGCAGUUUACCGUCUCCGAAUGCGUCAAAUGGUGACUGGUUCUACAACAAUGAAACCAAAACGCUGACAUAUAUUGUGUCAGGGAAGGGAGGGUUGGGAGUGGGAGCCACAAACAUAGAUAUAGGAAUGCACGUGAGUUCAUUAGUUAUUGUUCAUUUAAAACUUUAACUGAUUGUCUGCUUAAGUAAAGAACAUCAAAGAAAUAAGGGCUAACCAAUGAAGACCAAAAAUGAUUAAUACUGAAGAAGAUGAAAACGGAUCGUCAAUCUCGUUGAGAGACUUAAGCCAACAAUUCACAAAACAAACAGAUCUUUACACCGCUUCUCUGAUAAAGAUUCAACUUAUCCUUUCCUGUUCAAACAUCAAUUAAAAAGCGUUUCAGGGGGACUUUAGUGCCAAUUUUAUCUUUGAAAAUGAAAGACGCUAAGAAAUAACGAGGGAGGGAAAAAAUCCUCCCUCCUGAAUUAUGUUAAUUUGAAAUCAGACAAUUUUUUACGUAUGAGACUGGUGCAGGUAAGCCACCACCCCUUACUAGAAUGUUAUUCGUAUAAACUUACUUGGGAUCUUUAAGCUAAUAAUAAUUUUUGUAAUUUGAGCACUCGCGAAUUCAACUUAAAAUAACUUGAGUUACAAUGAGAACUUUGGUUUAAAGCUCAGCUAAAUAUAAAUAUUAUUUCUUCUCUGAAAAGGGGAGUGUUCCUUCGAUACAAAAGCUUCAAAGCAACGCUUUACUUUCACAGGUUUACCGCUGCUUUUUUAAGGAAUGUAUCAAACCCAUUCCACCUCCACCCCCUGAGAAACGUCCCCUUGAAUAUCUGCGAUGGUCAGACCCGGAGGCCUGGUACGGAACAGAUCCUGGAUAUGGAGGCUACAAAAAACAGCUGCCACACGAUGGUGAUAAUGUCAUUAUCCAACAACGUAAGUGACAUAAAACUUGAAAGUGACCUCAUCAUCAAAAUGAGAAAAUAAAUAUAUUUUCUUGGUUGUUGAUUUCCGUCUGAUUUAGACUGGUGGAUGGUAGCGGAUACCGAACUUCCCUAUAUGAGAAAACUUUUCGUAUACGGUACCUUAGAGUUGGAGCCUUAUAUGGACUUUGUUCUUAAUGCAACUUACAUUGUGAUUGGUGAAGGAGGAAACCUUAUUAUUGGUUGGGAAGAUCAACCAAUGAUAGGUAAUGUUCUUAUAAACCUAAACGGAAAUUGGGAUACUCCAGACAUUUCAGUUCAAGGCGGUCCUAACAUCGGCUCCAAAGCUCUUGGUAAGUGUUGAUGAACAAGCCAUUCUCUAUUUGAUUAAUGAUAGAGUAUCACCGUUUGUCUCACCAUUUUAUUCACUUUCUCUAUGGAUCGUGAAGUUUUCAACUGCAUAUUGCUAGUCUUCUUCAGAAGAUGAAGUCGGCAGGCCGCACGUUGCUUCAUGAGACCUUAAUACUCCAAUGUAGUUAUUAGUUUUCAUUGGUGCACUAUUUAUUAAAAUUCAACCAAAUACAACGGAGGAUAUUGCCUCAUAGGGCGUGCCUCAGAGCGAAAAAAACAACUUUUGUCCAUCAAUUUUUUUAUUCGUUUGUCUUCCUAUUCCAUGAAAUCCUGCCGGUAUAGCAUAAAUCAAAUGAGUAAAUUCUUAUUUAAAUCCUACUUUUUAACUAAAUUUUCUUAUAACUCCUCUUAUUAAGCUAUUUUUGGGAAUCUGGAAAUGCACGGUCUAAACAGAACAGUGUACUGGACAUGUCUGAGCAAAACUGCUGACCCAGGAAACAGCAUAAUUUAUGUAAAAAAGGAGGUGGACUGGAAACCAGGGGAAAAGAUUGUGAUUGCGCCAACCUCCUAUGAACCUUACGACACAGAAAUCCAUACCAUAGGUAAGGGAACUGUUGUUAUUGCUUCCGACUUUUUCUUAUCUUUCUUUUAAGGACUCUUAAAGAGUGGAAGAGGCACGAAUAAAAAUUUGGCUCUUAACUUUACCUCAAUUUUUGUAACAAACUUAGUUUCAAUCCGUUUUCACGUUUUAAGAUGGAGAAUAAGCGGUCUUCAUUGCAUCUGCGAGAAAAUUUAGAAUGAAGCCUUGAUUUUGAAAUAUCUCGUGCAAUUAUGGAAUGACCCUGAAAUUUUAAUUCCGGGAAAUAAUUACGGUUUCUUUUCCCUUUCCAGUUUAUGUCUAUCCUGAUCGGAAGACCCUUCAGCUGAACAACACCCUUAAAUAUAAACACCUCGCGGAGUCGUAUAGCACAGGAACUUGGAACUAUUCUCUUGUCGCUGAAGUGGGUCUGCUGACCAGAAACAUUGUGAUCAAGGGCGCUGAUGACGCUGGCUAUGUGCUUGAUAAACAGUCGUUCGGUAGUCGCGUGUUGAUUAGUUCGUUUCAUGACAUGGUUUCAUCUAACAGAAGAGUUCGCAUGGAGAAUGUGGAGUUUCAUCAUUGUGGUCAGGAAGGAUGGAAUGACUAUUUUGAUCCCAGGUAAAAGAAUGGAGAUGAUUUAAAGGUGAUGGUUCACGAGCCAAUUUUGCCUCAACGUGUAGCAGGACUUUAAGAGCGAUUCAAAAACCGGAAACAUGGUUGUGCGUAACAUGCCUUUGCCAUCCAGCAGAACAUAUAAUAACAAUAUGCGUUAAACGCCUGCUUGUGCAAUUAAUUUAUUACCUAAGACAGGAUAAGUACAUUUUACUUCCUUUUGUAGAUAUUGUCUGGCACUCCUCGAUGUUGGCAAUCUUAAGUCAUCCUACAUCCGGGGUAAUUCAUUCCAUGAUGGGUUUAACACCGCCAUUGGUGUAUUUGGAACACAUGAGUUAACUGUCGUCGAUAACGUAAUUCAUCACACAGUAGGCUCAUCCGUGAGAGUCUGGGGAACAAAUAACAAGGUUCUUCGUAACUUAGCCGUGUUGAGCGUUUCACCAGGUAUAUCGAGUAACCGAUUAAUCUGUUUACAGUGAGCAAAGGUGAAACUUAAAUUGAGUGGUUUGAUAUUAUCGCAAGGUGGUUAGUCCAUUUGAUAUUACCGCGUGAGAAAAGCUGUUAUUUCCUUACAUUUAUACCUUUCCUUUUUUAUCAGACUCACAUUCGAAGAUCCGGUGAAGUUGGCUUUACAACAAUAUCCAUUCCCUCAAAAAUUUGAAAGUACCUGCGGUAGUUGUAAAGAUAUAGCUGCUUCAAGUGCCUUUGUAAAGUAAUCUCAAAAUUUUUCUUGAAAGGUUCUCGAAUUAACAGCAACUGACUAUAAAUUUUGGUUAAAUUUUCGAGCAUAAAAUGUCGUUAGAUUUGAUUAAUAAGACACCUCAACUUGUAGAAAACUUAGUGUGACAUGAACUUCCUCUAUAUUGCAGCAACUUACAAAGGGAGACAUGAAGUUAACAAUAAACUCUGGCACGCGUCAUUUGACAUCAGUAAGGCCUCUUCAAUCGUCCUCCGAGAUAACGCUGCAGCGGGCAGUGAAAGGAUUGGGUUUCACAUCAGGGGAGAGACCUGCUACAGUGACAGCCCUGGUGGAAGCUGGGAGAGUAACACUGUUCACACAACUCUACACGGGAUACAUAUUGGCUACUCUGACGCUUAUCCAGCAAUAAGGGGAGUUGUAAGACUAAAUAACGUUGGAUUUUCUUAUUUUGGAACCCAGUGUGGUCGUGACAGUGUCGUAUUCACCACCAAUCCAAAGUCCCCAGAUGCAUUCCAUCCCGUCGAAGCACGCGGCAUUUCCUUACAAAAUGUUGAUAACGAUAAGUUGAUUUAUAUACCACCCUCAAAUAUCGCCUGGAUAAACCCCUCUGACUGUAUCGAUAUGGACUGCGAUGGAGCUAAGCAUGUUUUGAUUAAGGAUUUUGACGGAACCCUAACUGGUACAUUCGGCGGAAGUGUCAUUUCCAAGGCUGAUUAUGAGUGGAACGAAGAUCCGCGGAGAGGACUGGGUAAUUCAUCAUUGUGCAACAAAGUUUUAUCGGUUACGAUUUUUGUGUUGUAGUAUUGUCAAUAGAACCUUACCAUGUAUAACUCCUAAAAUGCUGUUGUGUAGUUAAGAUGAAGGAAGUUGCGCUCUAACAAGAGAAUUUUUUAGAGACCUGUCCUUCCGAUAAGCAACAAUAGGGGGAUUAGAAUAUUUUUGCGCCAGGUUAUUGUUGCCUGAAAUAAUCUGGUAUUUUAGGUAAGUUUUGGCCUGAAUUGAGCCAUUUAUACGUCAUGUCGUAAAUAUGUCCUUUAGAAAACAAAGUGUAGACAAUUGUUUUGAUUUUUGUAGCUGUUUCGGACACUAUAGGUUGUGUUAUGGGAUUAUAGAAUUUCCCGUCAGAGACUUGUUCGUAACCCUCCUGAGACAAAGUUGAAUUUGGCAAAUCGACUGAGAAAACCUGAUUCCAGUUACUUGAUCUGUACUUGAUAUCAUGUAAAGUCUAGUUUGAAGUUAGAACUAUUUUUUACUUGAGAAACAAAAAGGCAUUCAAUUGCACAUUACCGUUUAAAUGUGAGUCUUCCGUACUACUUCAGGAGAUUACCGCAUGCCUCGAGCCUUACUCACGUCACCAGACGGUUCGCGGUUGAACGCAUCUGUCGUGGCACCGCGUCAUGGAAUUGUGCGAGGGACGCAUGCACAGAAUUUUUGCUCAUGGAAUGCAGCAUGGAAUGGAUACAAAUGCAGCAAGCUAGGUAAGAAACGAAGACACUAAACGUUUUGUUCAUCGGAAAAUUGCAGCAAAGGAGAAAAUGUAAAACUACACGCUAUUUUUUAUUUCUACCGUCUACGUAGACUACCACAUGUUCAUAAUAGAGAGCUUGGAUGCUGACACAGAGCUUCGUAGGCUUUCUCCAGUUGCUCUAUCGUCCAAUGGAUACACAGAUUUGCUUAACGGACCAAUGGAUCAUGGCUGCUGCUUCGGAUACGCAUGCAUGGAGAGAAUAUCGACAUUCUUCUCUAUCGUGGCAACACAACAGAACUAUACUAUCUAUUUCACGGGUGAGAAACUCCCUCGAUGAGCGUAAACAUUUUGUCCUUAUCGUUUUCGUUUUGAUUUAUAUGAACUGAUUUUCGUAAGAUCCAUUCGCUAAGGGAGAAAUUAGGUUGUUUUCGAAUUGCCGAAGGAUAAUUUUCAUCUGUUUAUCAUCAAAGUUUGUUUAGUCAUAGUCUGAUAUCGUGUUUUGCUAUAAUUUUCGUAAUCUACUUUUUGCUUUCCGUAAAUGCAGCUUUUUAAUUGGAUACAGAAAGAUAUCUUACGUUUCUUGGCUUUUCUACAUUUCUCAGGCACUAAUCCUCAAAGCCUUCGCCUAACGUUGCUGAACGCCAACGGCUCCCAAGCUCUUCGAGUUGCUAUCAGGUACACCACACCUCAGCGGUUGGACGUAUAUCGCAUAGGCGCUUUCAUAUUCCCAACCAAUGCAAAUUUCAACGAGAAAAACUUCAGCUACAAAAAGAAAGAUCCUAAGCUCCCGGAUAACCAGUUUGAGCCGACCUUGAAUAGCAUCAGCGGAGCCAACUAUUACGAUCGAGAAAGCCAUCUACUUUAUGUGGUAGUCAAAGGAAAUGUUCCUGUGGACAUAAGAACUGCUCCAGUCGUACAAGUUAAGCUCGGUGAGUAUCUCAGUUAUUCUAGGCAACGUGGAUUUCGUAUCACAAAAGAUGAAAUUGCGUUUGUGUGAAUCCUAUUACUUCAAUUUUCAGCAACAAAUCUAGGGCUGAGACUGUACUUAUCGACACUUUAGGGAAUAAAAUGUUUGGAUCCCUUAACUUUUAUUUAUUUAUUUAUUUUUGUAUCUUCUAGGAAGCAAGCCUGUCCAUUUCAACGACUUCUUCGAAAAGAAUUUAGUUCAAAAUAUGGCCUCGCUCCUUAAUAUCGACGAGUCUCGCAUUCGCGUAGUCGAAAUCGUAAAUGCCGCCGAGAAAAACCGAAGACGACGAAGAACUUCGAAUGAUGAGGUGAUGACAGUCACGAUCGAAGUAGGCGACCCGCCGGAACGUCACAUAUCUUACACACCUGAGAAUACAUUUGUCCCUGGAAAUUCCUCGUAAGUAGCUCGUACGCCAACCUUUGUAUUGUUUAAACAACAUGCAACCAUCAUAUCACGCAUUACCCUGUCGUUUUUUUCAGUUCCACUAGUCCUCCUUUUGUUACCGCCACAACAACGGCCUCUCCUACCAUGAGCCCCACUGAACAGUACAUAGGUCUCCAGUCCUUAGCUUCCAAAACUGUAGAGGCAGCACAAACAGGGCGCAUGGCUUCCUCUCUUAAUUUGGACAUUUUAUCGAUUGAGGUUACGGAUCCCGAGCCUCCACGAAAACUCCCGGAAGGAUGGAAACGAGCGACACCCGAAGAAGGUAUGUAAUACUUUAUGAGCUUUUAGGGAGAGCUGGAUCCAAAGCUGCAAAUGCAACGACACAGGAUAGCUUCUUUAGAAACAAGAGUCUCUCCAUAAAACAAAACAACACUACCACCAACAAAAAAGAUUUUGAUUAUCUAAUUUGUACCUGCUUUAUCAGCCGGACCAAAAAAUGGAACAUGGCGGUUUGAUCAAGUCGAAAUGAUGAAAGAAGGCAACAAGUCCAGUCCGGUGCAUGAUUACCUGAUUCCUGCUCGACUUGUUGUAGUACAACAACCUGGUGGAGCCAAUGAAACUGUUCCUUUUCAAAUUCAACCCAAAUUGCUGAUGGUUGAUAAACUCAAUCGCACCGUAAACAUGCUGGGACAUAGUGACCGUGAACAAUGGUAAGAUUCUCAAAGCGCUUUGUGGUAAUUCCAAGCAACUCACUUUCGACGCAUAAUCAAAGGAUAUAGCUAGUGAUUUACCAUACUAAUUUCAAAGAAUUCUCCUGAUAUCGUUUCACCCAAUUAUAAAUAGCAUCCCUUUCUCCCUUGGAAACUGAAGCUGUGUACUCCAGCGGUUGGUGAGGAACGGGAUUACUCUAAUGAUCAAUGUAACUUUUCUGAGAAGAACAUUGCACACUCACUCUUUCAUGUCUUAAAACUUGAUGCAUGACGAUGCCAUGGUGACGAGUUGGGAGGUGUACAACUGCUUAAGAUACUGUAGUUAGAUAGCAUCAAUUCAUUUCUGCCAUGAAUAUUUUCAGGUAUGUAACUGCGUCAAUCAAGAAUGGCACCGGGGACCCUGGUGCCUUUUUGGGUGGAAACACGACUGUACCGUUCUAUGAUGGCUGGGCAAACUUUACUAAUCUUAACAUUAGCGACAACGGCACAAACUAUGUUCUAGAAUACAGAGUAUCCCUUCCUGCUGAAGCAAGCUUUACAUCUUUGUCGAAGCCUUUUGAAGUCAAAGAAAGAAUCUUGUAUUUUGUGGUCGUAAGACACCCAAGUGAUGCCAACGAGACCGUUCUUUUUGGCCAGCAGCCUUUAGUUGAGGUCCGUGACGCUGCUAAUGGAGAACUAGUGACGAACACGGGGUGGAAGGGGAGGAAGUGGAUUUGUAGGGCGUCGCUACAUAAUUCAAAAGACUAUAAAGGUAGCUAUGUGGUUAUUAAUGGAAGGCUCUUUAUCUAAAGAAAAUUUGAGCCGGCCCCGGCCCCUGCCCCGGUUGUUCGAAGGUCGGAUAACGCUAUCCACUGAAUAGAACUCUAUCCGAUGGACAAAGCUAUACGUUAAGCUAUCACUUAUCCGCUGGAUAGCGAUUUGUCCGUUGGAUAGCGUUGUCCGCCCUUUUUACAACUGGGCCCAGAAGUUUAUUAGACAAAAAUGCUUCAGACCGUUAGCUCACAUCAUGCACUGUGUUGUCUGCAAUUUAAUCGAUCUUUUAGGCAUCAAAUUUCCUGUCUUAAAUAUGUAUGGUUUUUAAUUGGCAUUUCUUUAAGGAGCAAAGAUACCGUUCUCAAUCUCGACUACGAAGAAUAUUAUGGUCAAAGAUGCAAGAACAAAACGUAUACAUUUAAUUCGAUUGACCAAUAUUUGUCGAUGUUCCUUAAUUCCACUUCCAGGAAGCCUGAGUGGAUCAUCCAGUGUAGAAUUUUCUGGUGGUAUCGCGUCAUUUCUUGAUCUCGCCAUUGACCAUGAGGGAAAUAACUACAUUCUCAUUAUCAAAGCUUUCACUAUUCCAUCAUCUCGUUACCAAUUCUCAACUAACACCACUCCUUUUGACGUGAAAGAGAGGAUCUUGGAACUGGUUAUUACUCAGCAGCCAGGUAAGUGUAGGAUCUAUGAUUCAAAUUCAUUUCAAUUACAAACAAAUUUCUAUUAAAGUCGAAGGCUGGUCCCCUCAAAGUAUGAAACCCAAACUUUUAUACAUUUUCAAAGUUUACAUUUACGUUAUGGUGUCAAUAAAAGAAAAAGUUUCAACCUUGAAGAAUAUGCGCACUUUUGCUUCGAUCGUAUAAGGAAUGGUUAAAUGUCUUACUCUUGUAAUUGAUGGAUUUAUAACCCAAUCUCUAUAACCUAAAACCAAAGCUACCAGUAUUUUCUUGUUCUAGGAGACUGCAAUGAUACUGUUCCAUGCGGCCACCAACCUGUGCUCGAGAUCCGAGACGCUGCCACGAACGUAUUGGUUGGAAAUCUAGGCUGGCGCCGUCGAACGUGGACAAUUCUAGCUUCAAUGGAAGAGGGGGCUGGAAACCAGGUGCUUCUUGGCCAAAGGAAAUUCCAAAUACCAGUUUCAGGGCGCGUGGAGUUCUCAAACUUUAGUUUUUAUGAUGUGGCAACCAAUUAUCGGAUGAAAUUCAACGUGUCGGUCAGUCCUCACUCACAAGCAUACUCCGGAAUAUUGGCGAUAUCGAAUUCAUUUGACGUAAAACCAAGGCAGUUUUAUCUGGAGGUCGUCACACAUAUAGCCAAUGCGGAUCAAUCUGUACCAUUUGGUACCCAGCCAGUGGUGGAAGUUCGAGAUAUGGGAACGGGUAGAAGGGCCGCACCCUUGAAGACUCCAUGGUGGGUUACUGCGUCACUGCAUGCCAACCCCAAGCCUAGAGAUUCUUUCUUGAAUGGAACGUUUAAUAUUUCAGUAGAAAAGGAGCGAGCUGUGUUUACUAAUCUUCUUGUAUCCUUGUACGGGCUUGGUUAUGUAUUGAGGUUUGAAUCUAGCUACGGACAUGUCGUCCUAUCAGCGGCGUUCGAGGUAAGCCACUAGUUUUUUUUUUUUUUUGUAUUUUAUUAAUUUUUAUUAAUUCAAAGUUACAUACAUUUUUCAUAAACAAACAUAAUUCACAUAAAUAGACAGACACGGCACAUCAUAUAUCUACAUACACAACCCACAGUUCCUCUUAGCUCUCCUCGGCUUCUAAAUAUAAUACUAGUACAGCGCAGCAACAAACAUGAGAUUCUAUAUCAUCUAAUAAUUUUUGUACUUGUCCCAUUUCAUAUUAUGAGCUUUUAGCUUAUUAUUUGAUUUUGCGAUCAUAGUCUCGAGUUGGUGGAUCGUUUUAAUUUUGAGGUUUAAUACUUUAAUUGAAGGAAGAGAUUUGUUCUGUCGGCAAGAAUAUAAAUACUGUUUGGCAAUUAUUAAAAUAUGAUUGAUUAAUAAUUCGUCUUCGCACCUUAAAAUACCAAACAUUAUAUCUUUUUCAGAGAGGUGUUUUAUCUUUACGCCUUGAUUAUCGAACCACUUUAUUACCUCAGCCCAGAAAUCCUUAGUAUAACGACAAGAAAUAAAAAAAUGCUCCAAGGAUUCGUUCAUUUCGCCACAGAAGGAACACGCCGGGGAUGGAAUAAUACCAAUUUUGUUUAAAAAAGAAUUUGUGAUAAGACACCUGUUAAGUAGUUUAUACUGGAAUUCACGCGAUUUUAUGUCCAAGGAAGUACGAAAUGGCAAGCUGUAAAUCUCUUUCCAUUCUAAAACAUCAUUAACAAAAUGAGUCUUAAAAUUCAGUUGGGCAGUCGGUGGAGUGAUGAUUCUAUUUCGAAGUUCUUUAUAUAUAGUCUUUGAAAUGACUGUUUCAAUUAAAACGUUUUUGUCAUUAAAACUUAAUUUAAUUUCGUUAUACAAAUUGAAAGGCUCGUCAGCUGUAGAAGCAAGCGUGUUUAAUGAUUCACGCCAUUCAACUGGUAAGGCGUCUAUUACAGAAAUAAGUCUAAAUACAUCUAACGGCGAGGUGUUUAAUUCUCUCAACUUGUAAUUACUUUUAACAAUAAAUUCGUUAUUGUCCGAGAUUAGAUCCCCUAUUCGAAGAAUUCCUUUUUCUGCGAGAUUUUUAAAAUACACAGAUUUGCCACCGAUACAAAUAAAUUUAUUAUUCCACACAAUAGCUUUUGAAAGAUCUUGUCUAUUUUGAUCCUGUAUACUUGUGUGAGUUGCUGCGGAACAUUUUGCGAAACUUUUAAAGCAUUCUUCAUAAAAUGCUGGAAGCUUUAUGGGCAAUUUCUUCAAAUCAAAAUCGCAACAUAAAAUAAGUUUACCCCCCACAGGUUCAAGAUAAUGCAGUACAAUUUUUUUUCCAAUUGCUCGGUUGAUCGCUUGCCAACUUUUUGCAACAGAGGAUUCUCUGAGUCUCUAUUAUAGAAUCUAAAUGUGGGGCUUUAAGUCCCCCAUCUUCAAUGUCACCAAUAAGAGCAGAGCGUUUGAUUUUGUCCUUCCCCUUCCAGAUAAAAUCGAAGAUAAUUUUGUUCACAUCUUUCACAAAUUCCCUAUUUACUAAUAUCAAACUCGCGCGACUAGCCACUAGUGCAAUGCAGUUAUCAAUGAAUCAUGAUUGAAGGCGUUGUUCUGUCCUUAACAUUUUCUCAAGUUUUUUCCGUUGUGUAUACAAACACCCCUCUACUUACAUACUAAACCACUUACUUCCUAUGACCCGCAAUGGUAUCUAUUUACCUAAUCAAACAUCUUCCUCCAUCUUACCUACCUACUAACUUACUUACCUACCUACCUAUCCAUUGGGCUGCCUACCUAUUUACCUUCCCCUUUCCCCUUUCAACUUUCUGCAAACCUGCCUCAUCAUACAACUACCAUUUAUUUCCUCUCUCUUAGGUCCAUUACGUCAAUGACUAUUUUCCAGUGUUCACUCCAGGGAACCGUACAGUUCAUGUUGACGAAGGAACAGCCAUCGGUUCAUAUGUCAUCGCUAUCCAUGCGACAGACAAUGAUAUCGGAAGUCAAGGUGAUGUCUAUUAUGCCCUCGACGCAGGAAACAUCAACGAAAGCUUCCUUAUUAACAGGACCUCUGGUGUUAUAGCUACUGCGCAGAGAUUAGACCGCGAAACAACUGCUGUUUAUAACCUGAAAGUGAAGGCUUACGACGGAGCUGUUGAGGAGAAAGUUCGUUUCUCCUUCGAACUUAUUGUGGUUCAUAUUGGCGACCUUAACGAUAACGCCCCGCAGUUUACCAAAAAUGGAUUUGCAUCUCGGGUAAACGAAAACGAAAACCUUAGUGACAUCAUUCUUCAUGUGGACGCAAUGGACCGCGACGCAGGAGCAAAUGCCAAGUUAAGGUUUUCUAUCACAUCAGGAAACAGUGACGGUUAUUUUGACAUCAAAGCUGACACAGGGGACAUUAUUGUUAAACGUUCACUUGAUUUGGAGGGACCAGCUCCACCAUCACUGAAUUACAGCUUAGGUAAAGCAAUAUUUUAUUCACCUUCGUAAUGAAAACAGUCUCCAUUAGUGCCCCUUUACAAUCCUUGAACCAGUUUAGAGAACAUUUGCAAAGUUUUACUGAAGCAGCCAAAUUUGAGAAAGAGCGUUUUCUAAUAGAUCAUCAAUUUGAAACAGUAACGUAUCUGAAUUGGGAGGCGCCAUAGGAAACCUUAGGCAAGAGGUACUCAUUCUCUAUUUACUGAAGAAUUCGCUCUGUUUUGGUGCAUUUCAGGUGUUCAUGUGACCGACCUAGGAUCACCUCCACUAAGUAACUCCACCAUUGUGGUAAUAGACAUCGCACCAGUAAAUGAGUUUUCGCCUCAGCUCACUCACGACCAAUCAGCUGUUGUUACCGUAAAGGAAAACUACGAUCCUGGAAAUGGACUUGUGUUGAUGGAUGUGAAUGCUACUGAUAACGAUUUCGGAGUGCAAGGUAAAAUGGAAAGGUUUACACAAAAACAUUUUACAGAUUGGUAAUACAGAACCAGAAUAACUAAGUAUCAAGGGACUGGCUAAUGGGGUUGUUUCAACACGAAAUUCUUCAUUCCUUUAUUGGACAUCUCUUCGCUUUCCUUGGGGCAUAGAACGUAAAAAGCCGUUUAUGAUAUCUGAAAAGAAAAGGAUAAAGAUAUCUUGUCAAAACGAAACUCUGAGGGAGUUCAUUUCAGAUUUAAUUGUUGCAAUCACAAAACUUCAAAGGGAAGCCUGUGUCUCUCAAGAUUUCCUUAGCCUGAAAAGGUAGACACUCAUUUUAGUUCUUCGUAAACUACAAAAUAAACGGCUAGAAUAAGGCUUUUACUUGAGAUCUACCCCUACUUUAUGUGAACCUUGAAUUUCCUGCGCAGAAGAUGUUUAAAACUAUUCAUACUUUGUGACGUUAUUGAGAACGUUGUAUAAAUUAUCAGCUAUGAUUCGAGCAGUAUUUCUUACUUAUGCAUGGUUGUUUACAUCACUCCGCAGGUAUUGUUCAUUAUUUCAUCUACAGUGGUGAAAGCGACGGAACGUUUGUGGUUAAUAGUUCUUCUGGAGUCGUGACAUUGACUUCAUCUCUGGAUCACGAGACAUCACCCCUGCACAGGCUAAUAAUUCGUGCAUCAGACAGUGACCCCACUGGUGGUGCGCGAUACACUGACUUUGACCUGCAGGUCCAUGUGAAAGAUGUAAAUGACAAUAAUCCAUUGUUUUCAAACAAUUUAACUACAAUUCAAGUGCCCGAGACUCUUUCCACAGGUGAGGCGAAGCGCACGGCGAAAACUUUUUUUUUCAUAAGAAUUAGAGAAAAAUAUAUAACUUUUUUCCAAAUUGCCGCCAGUUGUGUGCAAAAUAUAAAUAUAGUUUCUAUUCGAUUUUUCUCAACUUAUUCCGUGAUUUACUAAUCAACCUCCAUAUAGAGCUCAAAUAUCAGACUGGUGUUCGCUGAAAGUCAUGACUGUCUCUUUCACAGGGUCUUAGAUAUGUUUUAUGUCCCUCGUGACCUCAAAUUAACUUUUUCGUCUAUGUCCACGUUAAACAUAAAGGAACCAACACCUCUUUAAAACCUCUCUUUCAUUGGUUCUUAACGUUUAUUUAUCGUUCCAUGUCUCUCAUUUCAGGUGAAAAGGCUACAACUUUCCUGGCAACCGAUCUCGACUCAGGUGAAAAUGGGCGUGUGAGUUACGUCAUCACCGCUGGGAACUUGGAAGGCUACUUCGGUUUAAGUGCUGACACUGGAGACCUGACGUUACAAAAGAGCCUUGAUCUGGAGUCUUCGCAAGCACCUUACCCAAACUUCACACUUGUGGUCGAGGCAAAGGAUCAUGGGAAUCCUCAGUUGUCUAACAAUGUUACAUUUGUGUUGAAAGUCAAAAGUGUGAAUGAAUUUACUCCUGAGUUCAUUCACCCUGGUCGUUCCUUGCAAAUUCCAGAAGAUACCGCUGUUGGAACGCUUUUAUGCCAAGUCACAGCCAAAGACAAGGACUUUGGGCCUGAUGGAUUCAUAACGUGGGUUUUGCAGUUGUAUUUAGUAGAACAAGUUUGUUUCAGAGCUCACUUUAAUUCAUAUAGACAUAAUGAAAGGUUUGAUAUCCUACGCAUGAAUUCCGCUCGAUCACAUUGUAUAAAUUGUACCACUUCGUAACAAUUCCGAGGACAGUCAUUACCAGAUAAACUCUAUUCGAUUUGCUGUUUGUCCGGCUCGAUUUUAGUAAAUAUAAAAAAAACCGUAGUAACUUGGUGUGAAUUUAAUACCAACUUAUUAUUCAUAGUUAUCAGAAGAAGGACAACAACUUAAGGAUUGUAUCGCACCAGGGGGUUAAGGCCUCAGGUUCAUGAGAUGAUGAUACAGUGGGGUCUUGUUAAACCCAACACAGAUAUCUUGAACUUGGGCUGGUUGAGUGUGCACCUGCCUCAUAGUUGAAAGGUUAACCACAGAUACUUUGCGUCGCAAAAUGGGACCCAAGGACGGAUGGAAUUUUUUUAGUGCUUGUCGACUUCAGCUAAUCAGCACUACCACUGUAUUUAAGUGAAGGGAAACAAUUGAGUCAACGUUUGCGUGCUAAGAAUUUGUGGGUUUAAGCAGUGUGGUAAUUAAUGUGAUUUACCGAGCAUGUUCCGGAACUUAAUUAACGGUAUCCCUUAUCUUGAUCUUUUUGGUGAUCUUCAGGAGUGAGGAGACAACUGGACCUCUCUGUGUAAACGUUUUUUGAAUAAUACUUUCUAUUUGCAAAUUCAGAUAUAACAUACUGAAAGGAAACGAGGAUAGGCGUUUUCGGAUCGAGUCUUCGUCUGGAAAAAUAUUCAUUCACGCUCCAUUGGAUCGAGAGACAACUUCAAGGUACCAACUGGAAAUAGAGGCUUCUGACUGGCCUGUUAAAAUAGUCAAUCAACGUUCGUCUAUCACGUUUGUGAAUCUAAGUCUAACGGAUAUCAAUGAUAACAAACCAGUUUUCAGCAAAGGUUCUUACUACGUCGCUGUCAAGGAAACUGUGAAAGUAGGCAGUGACGUCAUCACAGUGCGAGCGAGUGAUACUGACGCAGGUAUGUAAUAUUUAAGCCUGAAAGUGGAGCUCAAGCCAGCUGAUUUUUUUUUCUCGCCUUCAUAAAUUUAACUAGCCAGGGAGAAGAAUUCGGAGGGAAUUCAAAUUAAAACCAACUAUUUCCGUAAUAAAGUACUAGUUUGUGACCCUAAAUAACCGCUUCUGACUGUCCCAAUAUUGUGAAAAUCAAAGUGUUCAUUUCAGUGCGUGCACCACUUCGGGAGCUGCUUUAAUUCUUCGCAAAAAGAAUAUUACGAUUUUACUAUUUAGCAUUUGACACAUAAAUCUGUUCGGCGCGACAACCAGAUCAUUCCGACUUUAAUGGUUUGCAUAUUUUCGUAAGUAAGGGAGUUAGGCUUGCUGGUUUCGCACUCUACAACUCUACUUAAAUGUUGUUCAUGUGAAUGAUCGUGAUAUGAAACUCUGUGACGCAAAAUUGAAAAUCAUAUCUUUAAAUGUAGGGCUUCUUUGCUCUUUCUUCUUUCUAGAGGAGUUGAUUUUUCUAAAAAAACGGUUGAAGAGCGAAAUCAGUCGGAAAAAUAAACAACUCAUUUGUAUUUAAUUUACUAAUUAUGUUGACUCUGUUUUAGGUUCAAAUGGCCAAGUUGAGUACAAAAUCAAGUCAGGUAACAACCAUGGCUUCUUUGAAAUGAACUCCAACACUGGAAUAAUAACAAUAAGAAAAAGCCUUGAUCUGGAGACACAGCAACACGUGGACGAUCUUCUUUACACCCUCACUGUCGAGGCAUUGGACAAGGGUCAGGUGCCACUGACCAGUGAGGUGCUGGUUACCAUAGAAAUAGUCAGCGUGAACGAGUUUGCACCACAGUUACAACAUUCCGCAAGUAUCUUCGUAAAAAUACCUGAAGACACUGCUGUUGGUUCCAUUGUUGCGGACAUCAAUGGCACAGACAGAGACUUCGGAAUGGACGGACAACUUAGUUAUUCUAUUAUAGGUGGUAACGAAGACAUCAAUUUUGAUAUCAAUUCCAAAACUGGUGUGAUCAUGGUCAAAAAGGAUCUGGACUAUGAAACAAUCGUGAGAUACACCCUUGUUGUACGUGUAAGCGACAACGCUCCAUCAGCUCAGCGGUUUUCCACGGUUGCUAAGGUGACAGUUCGACUCACCAAUGUGAAUGACAGUGGAGGCGUGGAUGUGCUUAUUGAAGAUGUGAUCAGCAGGAUAAGUCCUCCAGGGGACCCUGCUGUUGCAGUUGGCGUUGCAAUUAGUAGUCCGAUAUCAGUACUGUUGCUGUAUGAAAACGGUGAGAUAUGACGACACUAGAUCGGAGAGAGACCACAAUCCGAGAAACGUUUUCUUGUAACUGUUGAUCUUUUAAUCCAAGUUGUCAUAAUUGUUAAAUCAAAAUUUUCAUGUACGGGGAUAAAAGUCUUCACUCAUUAACCAACAUUCUCUCUUUUCAUUGCUAUCCAAGAAUUUGGAAAUGAUUCGGCUUAAAUCCUUUUGUUAUUCAAAGGGAAAAUACUUUACUCUUCAAUUAUGAAACGAGGCAUUAUACUUCUUUAUGUCAUGGCGCCGUGUGAAUGUAACCAAUCAUUGUGUAUUGAAAGGUUUCAAGAACGCUGACGAGUAUUUCCUGUCAACAGGUAACCGAGAAAAGCUAUCUGACGAUGACAACAGAUUGACAUUUGACGACAAGUCAGAAUCACGUGGUCUGUUCUCAGUUGUGUCGGCUGAUGGCAAGAAAAUAAUUGCAGCAAACCGCCAGGGAUUACUGGGUCAUGGCGUUCUUAUUGUUCGUGUUCAUAACAUUUACAAUGUUCGUGUCCAAGUCAACGUAGUUGGGUUUUCCUCUCUACAGCUAUCAGCUGUACCUUAUCCAACCACAAAAAACUCAGAAGUAACCUUGAAAUCGCUAAAGCGCGUAGGUAAUCGUCAUGGCAACGUCCAGUCAGCUGCUCUUAUUCUGUACCUCAUUUUGACGGAUAACUCCACUUAUGACGUUACCAAGAUGAUAUCAGCCUCCUUCAAUGUCAUAAGCAAUGACGUGGGUGUUAAAGCCUUGGUGGGAGCCAGUCCGAGAAAUGUGUUGUUUGUAGAGAGUGUAAGCACCAGCGGGAACAUAAGUCUUAUUGGUAUGUUCUCCGGGAGAGCGUCUAGUACUCUUAGGCUUGAAAUUUCAGCUGAGGUAAUAACUGUCAAUGAAAUAGUUGCUGUAGAAAUAACUGGACUUAGGAAUCAAACUCUUGUUGGUCCUGCGUUUGCGACGCAAGGUCAGGUACAAGUGGACUUUGCUAUGAACGACAGCUCCACGUUUAGGGUGCAGAAUUUCUCUAAAUUUCCUGGACUUGUUACAUUCAAAAGCAGCCAGAAAGAGGUGGCUUUGGUUGAUAACAUGACUGGUGUUGUCACGUUGUUAUCAGAUUAUUAUGACUUGGUAACCGUGACAGUGACUCCGCUUCAGGGCCAAGCUGAGCCACAGAGAUCUCAGUUUUAUUGCAAUACAGUACCACCAGUGGGUGGUGUUGAUAUUGGACAAGAGUACGGCCCCGCAAUACCAGCUUUGAAAGCUAACCAGCGAAUUACCAUCCCUGUCCGCGUGAAUCCAGGAAAAGCAAAACUUCUUGCGUUUGACGUAAAGAUUUCGUUCGACGAAAGUCAAGUCCAUUUUGUUGAAUUGAAGAGAAGUUUUGCAUACUCUUACAAUUACGGUCAGUUGCAUUUAGCUGAUCUGACAAACCCUGAAAAUACUACUUCACAUGUUGCUGAUCUAGUUUUCGACUCCUUGGAUAAUGGUGUGCCUACAAUUCAAGCAACAGUGAACAUUUUAAUGGAUCAAAACUUGGGUUUCAUAGCGGGAGACUAUUCACCAACUCUGACGACAUGCCAGAACUCAAUGCUGGGAGAUGUCAACGAAGACUGUGUGUUUAACAUCAAGGACGCAGCUUUCACUUUAGCGCACAGCUUGGCAGUGGAAGAUAACUUCAACAGUGAGUUCGGGAAAAUGAUGCUGAGGCGAACAACCAAUAAAAUGGUAAGCGCAUAAAUUGAAAAUACGUUCAUUACUUUUGUCUGAUCCCUACAUUUUGGAUUUUGGAUAGCUUGUGACUUUGCUAUCGCCACUGGCGUGCAUAAUUCCUGAGAUCUUGUUUUAACGCCUUAGAAACUUUUAAGUUGGGCAGGAUGUCGCGAUACAAGAGUAAUUUCUUGUGAAGCAGGCAAACUGCCUUCAAACUAGCAAGAACAUAGCGUAGAUAUUCUUGACGGGACACAAAGUGGAUGAACGAUAACGCUUAUUGAGAAAAAUAGCUAAGACAUGAGACGGAAGAGACCAUUACUUGCCACACCUUCAACCGUAAAAUAUAUUUUAAGAUUUCCGCUAUAUCUCUUUCCUUUCUGCGUAUUCUAACCCUAGUGGAACUUAUUAAGACCCCUACUCUUAGGACCCUGUACUUUCUCCUUAUAGCUUCAAGUCAUGGAUUUCAACCUAAAUGGAAUUCCAGAACGGGACGAUGCCUACCUGUUGGCACGUGCAAAUAUGGAUAUGGUGCGAUUUUUAAAAUUCUUUCAUACGAGCGUACCUGAUCACCAAAAUAAUUCUACAAACUGCGAGUUAGAAAUAACAGCUGAGUUGAGCGCUAGAGAUGGAACCAAGGAGACAAAUACUGACACCCAACUAUACUUUGAGUUUGCUAGUGGAUCGGACGUCUUGAAUGCACAACUUGAAAGCACCUCAUUCGACACAGGAGAACUGAUAGCGACUUACGAUCAAGAGCACGAGUUGUUUGGAGGUAUCGUGAAGGCUGGACAUCGAGGCGAACGCUUUAUAGUAAUGACUAAACAUUCCCAAAUAGAAACGGAAAACUUAGGCGUGUCCAUGAUUCAGGUAACGAAGGGUGCUAAAUGGCCGGAGCCAGUGGUCACACCCCUUUUUACGUUUUCGCGUGAUCCAACGUUCCCUGCACCAAUAACAGUUCAAUUGGCGCCAAACACUGCCCUUGUGGUCACCAGUGGACACUCGCCUCAAAUAACUGUCAACGUUUCAGAGUCAUUUACAACUUGUCUUGAUCCACCUGUCAUGAAAAACGUUAUGUUUGUUUUCCGAAACGAUUUCUCAGAGGUCGAAGGAAACAAAGACACUUUUAUGAAAACGUUCAUAGAAGACUUAACUUUAAAAUUCCCACAUGCAAAAAUUGAUAAUGUGAGACUCGCACGAGGUAGCAUCCUGGUCUAUUUUGACAUUACGGCCCAGAGAUCUCAGAUGGAUAACACUCUAGUUGCAUUAUGGGACAUGAUCAAGUCAGGGUACACUUUGCGUGUGAACAACACAGAAUAUCAAGCUCAAAUGGUCAUGCGCGUAGAUGGACAAGAUUAUCACCGUAAUGAUAAGGUGUCUCAAACAGAGGAAGACCGAUCAAAAUUUCCAACGGCUGCAGUGACCGCGGUAUGCGGGGUCGUCGCUCUUGGUGUUAUCAUAGGAGUGGCGUUCUUCUUUUGUAGGAAACGCGUUCGUCAAGCAAAAGGUAAAUUGUCGUGGAAAAGCGCAUCAAAAAUCAAUAUCAUCGAUUCGCACUCAGCCAAGCAGACGAGUGACAAAAUGGGAGGUACUGAGAUGAUUCUGUUCAGCGAAUUAACCAAUGACUGUUUCGAGUCUUCGGACAAUGAAACACCUCCAUCGUCGAGGCCCUCUUCAAGAAAUACUUCAGCGCAAAAGGGUAACUUUUUCAAGCGGAAGGUACGCAAAGUGAAUUCUGCAUCUUCUCAGGCGUCUAUUGAGGCGUGGUCAGAGAAUACCUCUCCUGCACUUGUUAGGCGCACUCCACAACAUGCACUGUCAUCUCCCACGAUUGACGCCAACUUCAGGGAUGCAUCGAUUCUUAGUAGACAGACGGUGAAACAUAAGAGUGACAGCCAAAUUUUGGUGCAAGAGAACUCCUCAACUGAAGGCUCACCGAUAAAUUUAAGCCCGCAAACGCCAAAACGAAGACAAUCACCACAAAAGCUACGAAUGCGAGCUCAAAAUGGUACGUCCUUUGGCAGUGAUUCAUCAGACGAAGAGUUGACAAGGAAUGGGACGCCAUCUUCGGCUGACUCGGGUACUCCCACAAGCAAAUCUUUGAAAGACCAGAGCCGUCGGCAUUUUAUUUUUGAGAAGGCUGUUUUGUACAAGAGACUGAUGGCCCAAGAAUCACGUAAGUUUAUGUAGCCUGCUCAAAUAGGUGCCAAAAUGAGCUGAUAUUCGUAGUAAAACAUAUUGAUUCCAGCUAUGUUAGAUAAAAGAAAUGUUUUUCAGAGGUAAAAAAGGUAAUUAAGCAAUUUCUUCAUUAAGGCACUCGACGUAGAUCAUGAACAAGAGCUAUGAUAUCUGAAUUUGAAUCUAUCUAAAAAACAAUUAGUAUCAGGAUUUUGAGUCUGGAAACAGUAUUUUUUGAAUUAAUUUGAAAUUACCAUUCAUGUACUGCAAGGUGACAAUCAACUUUACUAUUUCUCUGAAAAUGCACAGUUGUAUGUUUCAAAUAGAUAACAUUUUUUCGCCGCAGUAUGUUACAUAUUCGAACUUCCUUUCCUUGCGCAGAUCUCUGACUUAUUAAAAAGGUUUGACGGAUGUCAAAAGUGUCAAGAAAAAAAAAAAUACUUGAUCUCCCUUUCAUGAUCAAGUAGACGGGGAAACUGAGUUAUCUCUUUGUAUGAGACGCUUAAGUCAAUGUCAUAGAGCCGUCUUAUUCCUUGCAGCUCAAACAGGAUCGCGGGAUUCUAGUCGCCCAUCUUCCGGUCACAGUACACCCAGAAUGAACGUCACCUCGCUUCCUCCUGGAUACAUGGGAAACAAUAACGACGGGAAUGACAUCACAGUAGAGGGUGAGUCAUUUAGUUCACUUGAAAUUUUCUUAAUCAUUUCUAGUUUAAGUUCCUUCACCCUGUUAUCAGUAUGCAUUUUCUCCAUACUAUUCUCUCCUUCUCAGCAUUAUUUCGUUUAGUGCUGAGAAGGAGAAUUUGUUGAACAAUCAAGUGCUUCUUAAGUUUGGUGAUCAUUUCCUCUGCUUCCUAUGACCUUAAUGCAAUGUUUGAUUCAGGGGUGAUAAGGAGAAAUUAGAUGCUAGUCAGUAUUAGUGGUAGAAGGGUCAACAGACGACCACGCUUUUCGUUUGAAUGUAGUGCAAAACCACAGCUGCAGCAAUAAUCAAGAUAAUGCAAAUCAACCCUUGAGAAAACUCAUACUCGAUGAUUUAAACAGUCUGAAGCGCAAGAAAAAGCGACUUACAACGUAACGACUACUUUUGCAUGUAGUGUCGCUUGCAGUUGGCUCACGCAGUGUACAAAUUCUUAAGAACAAUCAGAGUGCCAAUGCAACCCAAUAUUACCUUCGACAAUUAACUUUUCAAUUCCCAAGAUCUUAUUGUUAAUUUCCCCACUGGCAGCCACACAUUCCUUUGUAAAGUAAUUGCGAGAAAUUGGUGGGAGAUCAAGACAACAACUUCAACCUGAUGAGUUUAAGUGUUCUCAUUGUCUGUUUUCUGUACGAGGUAUUACAAGUUAAACACUCCUGUGAAUUAAAGGUAAAUUAAGGACUGUUCCACGCAGUCUAUUGAGAAUUUUUGUCGAACUUAUACUAAAAAACUCAGCCCGCGUAGCGUGUUUGAAUCGUGUCAUUCAUGAUCAUGUCAAACGGUGAGGUCUCCGUGGAAAUUAAUGUUAGAUGGUGCUUGUUUUAGGUGCCCUUUUGUUGAUAAUUCUUUUUGAACUGUGUCAAUUCUUUUUAACAACAGAGGAGUCAUACACUGUCAGACUUCCCGUGAAUGUCCUCAACACAGUCGCUGAAGGAGAAGGAAGAAAGCCUUUCACGAAAAUCGGCUUCGUCGAGUUUCCUAGCGAUGCUACCCUUGGUGACAUUCGGGAAAUAUUAAAGAGGGAAUUCUUUGAAACCCUUCUUGAGCGAGUUUUCCUAUUCCAAGAUGCCAUGAUGGCUGAUGUGGAACCAUCCAGCGAGGCGACAACCAAGAGCAUGUAUAACUUGUCGGUAAUCAUCAGAUUUGCCAACAAACAAGGUAAGGAAAAGUAAAAUGCGCUAGGGGUAGCAGUGUGGGAGCAGGUUAAAUUGAAGUCGACGCAAUCUCUCGCUUCCAAAUUUGUUUAGGUUGAAUUUGUUUUUCUUUUCUAAUCUUCAGAAGCAGCACUUUUAUUUUGCCCAUGCGGCGCCGCAGCUCAUUUCCAGUGCUCUGCGUGUCACAAGCGUGGUUACUGUGGCCGAGACUGUCAAGCGAAGGACUGGCACCGGCACAAGAUCACUUGUGAAAACGAACAGGUCUCUAGUGUGUAAAAGUUCCACGAAAGAAAAAAAAAGACAUACAGCGCUACUUAUUUACGUGUGACCUCGUGUUAUUCCGUCUUGAGGUGUUGAUUUUUGUUUCUGUGCCGAUGUAAAGAAUUUGGCGUGAUAAAAAAAUGUGGCUUCCGUAGACCAAGAAAAUGAUCUUUAGGUCAAAAAGCAUCUUCCAAUGAAGUUACUUGUAGUCCAAGGUAAUCUUUUUCACGUCGUUGUUCUGCAUCUCUCUUUCUCUCUUUUUCCGUGUGUUUUGUCGUUAUGCAACUAAACUUUUGAAAGUAAAUUUUUACCGCUCAGAGCGCUGCAAAGGUCAGGAUAUUUAACUCUUCAAGGGUGUAAGUUCUUGGGAUGUUUUUCACGGACACAACUUUUAAGUACUGAGAAUGUGAAAUAAAGACGUUUAUCUCCAC